AUGUUGUGUAUGUUUUUCAAUAGAAAGAAGAUAGCUGAAACAAGAGGAAAGUCCUUCAAAAAACACGAUACUUCCCCAGGUAUAAAACAAAAUAUAAACUCUGUUUUGGAUAGAAAAUUAGCUACCUUGUUGCAUUAAAGUCACAUUAGGCAUCAUAAGCACUUCAGCGUGCUAUGUGCCAUUUAAUCUUUUAAACUAAUGGACCACUAACCUCACCCAGACCAUUUAAUCUGACGUGCGCUGGGUUUAGUGGCCCUGUACUUCUAUCCUACAAUUUAAAACAUUGCUUUUUAUUUUUAUAUAUUUAUUGCUCUGUUUACAUUGCGGGGUAAAAUACCACUUUAGUGGCUGUCUUCCACUUCGUUUUAUUUGGUCAGUGCAGCGAAAGCGUCUGUCACAUGUAGCCAAAGCCCUAGGAAAGCAUUGAAUGCAACACUUUCCUAUGGGAAAGCUUGUAUGUGCACAUGCACAUUAAGUGCCUAAUACUUCUCUGAAAAGUAUCAGAUUAGAUCAUCACUGAUGAUGCUAUAUCUCUUUGAUGUUACAGGAGGUGGAUAGUUGAACAGCACUGAGGAAUUCUUUAGACCAGGCAUAUACAACCUUUUGGCACGGCAGAUGUUUUGGACUAUAUCUUCCAUGAAACUUUGCCAUCAUUAUGGGUGUGAGAGCAUUAUGGGUCCACAACAUCUGGAGUGCUGAAUGUUGCCUACCCCUGCAUUAGACUGAUGGAUUGUGAGUUAAUUAGCUUAGCAACUGAAAUGGAACUUUGCUUCAGUUCCACCAUUGGCAAAACAUUUGCCAAAGACCAUGCUCUCUCUGUGAGAACAUAGUCUCUACCUUUUCACCAACACUGACCGUCACUAUGAUAACAUACAUUUUUAAACAUUGCUAUUCGUUUUUUCAGUUAACAUAUCUGGGUCCCUAUGUGGGGGUAAUGCCAUACAUUUACCUUUAAUUUCAGUGUCGAGACAGUUUCCACUCAGCAGUCCAGUGUGCCUUUGCUCAGUCUUACAAAGGCAGUAUUUUCAAACAUUUUCUGUAAAGGGGAGUCAUUGUAUAACUAGGGACAGGGGCCCUAUAGCAGUGGGAAUACAAGUCUGUAUUCGUAAUGCACCUGUGACGAAGCUCUGUACUCACCCAGAGUAUCUCAGUCAAUCUCCCUCCUUUUCCAGCAGGACACCUUAAAUGUCUAUAGCUGCUCAUCCAAAUAUCAGAUGAGACUUCAUGAUGAGGGAAAACAGUGUACUUUAUUCAACCAACUCCCACAUUUAUACAGCGUAGAAUGUAUAUUACGUCUGUGGGUGUUUGUUGAACAAGUUCCUCCCCAGUGCCACUGUGUCUGUGUUGAUUGGAGUUAAUUAGAUCAUUUUGAAAUUAAUGAGAUUUCCCUCUAGCCAAUAGACACCUGAUCAAACAUACACUGGAUUAUGGCACAGUUUCGAUCCGGUGGAUAGUUCCAUAGCAAUUCAAGGUAUCUCCCAUUCAAGUGCUCAGUGUGCAGCGUGGGUCCAGGCGAUCACCCCAGUUCAUCCAGCUCCAGGUGGGGUAUAGAGCAAGCACCCAGGGCCACCAUCCCCCCUCCCCAAAUUGACAAUAGAUCCUUUUGAUUCAUUAGGGGCUCUUGUUACUUGGCCCAACGUUUGUGGGCAGGAGUCUGGCUUCCAAGUCUAUCCAUGAUCCAGGGUCACAGGAGGUUCCGUCACAGUUCCUGUAACUUUUACAACAGGAUUACAUCCACAAUACAAGAUCUUUUCACUGCACUGAGUUUCUUUUUUUUUUUUUUUUUUUUAAUCCUUUAACUGUAGGCUAAAUAAUCUCUAAAGCCAUUAAGCUUACCCGUAAGUAAGCAACUGGGCAUUCUUCUCAAUGCAGGCCAAUCUUACUCCAGUGUAGUGAUCAAUCCUGAUGACUUGUCCCAGAGAGCCAUUGUGGAGACAGCCAAUGAGCAGCAGUCGCAUGAUGUCAGUCCAUUGCUUAUCUAUCAAACGCAUUGUACCAAUGCUUCUCAAAGAGGACUUGGGCUGAUGAUGAGGGACACAGUGGAUGGAUACCGUCACAGAAUUUUGGAGUUAACCUGUUAGUAAUGGACAUCCAGGCACCAUAACAUCAUCAAGUUAAAGUUGUUGUGGAGCACAGGGUUUUUCUCUAAAUUUGAUAUGUUCUAACUGGAUGGCUGCCCACUCCCUUAAACUAAACUUGACCAUAACUGAAAUUCUGGUCUUUCCUCCCUCAAGUGUUGUUACUCCUGUGUCUGUCUGUCUCCAAGUCAACGGUGCUACAAUCCGCUCCACCACGCAGGCUCGCUGCAUAGGUGUUCUCUUUGACUCCAACCUCUUCUUCAAACCUCAUGUUCAAUCUAUCGCCAAAUCCUGUCAUUUCCAUCUCAAAAACAUUGCGUGCAUCUGCCCCAACUUGCGCCGUUACAGUCCGUAGCAAGGCUCAUCUUCCUGUCCGCCCGCACCUCCCAUGCUUCACCCUUCUGUCAGUCCCUACAUUGGCUUCCUAUAAAAUAUAGAGCUCAACUUAAAAUUCUGGUUCUUGCUUACAAAUUUCUACAUAAUGCUGCUCCUACCUAUCUAUCCUCCCUUAUACACAAGUAUGUCCCAUCUAGGCCCUUACGAUCUGCUGAAGACUUAUGUCUAUCUUCUGUCCAUACUCCCACCUCUGAUGCUUGCCUUCAAGAUUUCUCGAGGGCUGCACCGUUCCUGUGGAACUCUCUUUCCUCCUCCGUUAGAUGCUCACCCAGUCUCCACUCCUUCAAAAAAUCGUUAAAAACCCACUUCUUCAUAAAAGCGUAUCAAUUAGACUGUUUAUAGCUCCUGACUGAUUACUCUUCUGCAACUGUGACUAGUCUAAUACUAUCCUUACCUUUUUGUGUCAUUUUACCCCACUCCCUCUAGCAUGUAAGCUCAUUGAGCAGGGCCCUCAACCCCUCUGUUCCUGUGUGUCCAACUUGUCUGGUUACAACUACAUGUCUGUUCGUCCACCCAUUGUGAAGCGCUGCAGAAUUUGAUGGCGCUAUAUAAAUAUGGAUCUAGAAGUGGACCCACCAUUGAUAUGAAUAUAAUACAAGGAAGAAGGCAAAAUGCUCCCAAAUAAAGUGUACAAAGCCAUUCAGUAACCAACAGAGCCUAGAAGAAGAAGGCAUUUAUUUAAUACGUUUUGCACUGGUUCAUGUUGUUUAGCCUUAAAGGGUAGGACCAAGACCAUUUCAAUGAUUUCCAUUAAUCAUGGUGCCAGGAGUCUGUAUAGCAGUGUUUCACUUUGAAAUGCUGCACAUAUUUAGAUUAACCCUUCUGCUGCCAGAAAUGUAACGCUACAUACGGCAGCGUCAUUUCGGCAUUAAUCGAUUCCGGGCUGGCUUAUAUUCUGUGCAAAUUUCGAAGCAGAGCUGCUCCUUUGUUUACUGGUAGUGGUCAGCUUACACUCUCAGAGAAUCAAUGUGCGGCAAGAAUGGCACCCGUCGUCUGCUGCUCUGCAGAACCCGAAUGUUGCAAAUCUGCCUUUACAGGAGAGCAGGAAUUACAUGUAUACUUGAGGUAUGGGGCCUGGGUACUCCUACAAUCUUAACCAUUACAGUGGGUUGUAGUCGUCGUGAUGGUUGGAAUAACCUUUUAAAGCACACUUCAAAUCUGUAUGUAAGUGUACGGAACAAUCACCCACAAGUGAUUUUGCUGGUAAUACAGGCGGAAUCUUGUAUAUCAUUGAUUCCACUUACAGCAGAACUAUGACCGCUUACAUUUAUGCAUCGCCCAAUGGCUAAGUUCUAUAUGCGUUGUGCUAUUUAAAAAAAAAAGUGAGAUUCUGAACCUUUUUUUUAAAUUACAUUUUAUUUAUGGAUUGCAUGGCACAGUACAGGCACGCGAUGCAAAUUAAUUUACCCCAUACAGUCUUGUGCGAGUGGUUAAAUGUACUGCACUAUGAAAGCAACACCAAAGUACACUGGCUUAUUGACUAAAGUUAUAAUUAUUGAGAAAGUGUAUUUCAGAUUUAAAGGACCACUAUAGUGCCAGGAAAACAUACUUGUUUUCCUGGCACUAUAGUGCCCUGAGGGUGCUCCCGCCCGGCUCUGGCAGGGGGAAAGGGGUUAAAACUUACCUUUUUCCAGCGCUGGGCGGAGAGCUCUCCUCCUCUGAUCCUCCUCCGUUCCUCCCCGUCGGCUGAAUGCACACGCGCGGCAAGAGCUGCGCGCGCAUUCAGCUGGUCGCAUAGGAAAGCAUUUACAAUGCUUUCCUAUGGACGCUGGCGUCUUCUCACUGUGAAAAUCACAGUGAGAAGCACGCAAGCGCCUCUAGUCAAUGAGACAGCCACUAGAGGAUUAGGAGGAAGGCUUAACCCAUUCAUAAACAUAGCAGUUUCUCUGAAACUGCUAUGUUUAUGAAAAAAUGGGUUAACCCUAGAAGGACCUGUCACCCAGACCACUUCAUUAAGCUGAAGUGGUCUGGGUGCCUAGAGUGGUCCUUUAAGGCCAGCCUGGAAAAUACACUUGCCUCCACUGAACUCUUUCUACCUGUAAAUAGUCUAAUAGCAUUUAAAGGUAUAAGAGAAUUAGUAAGUGUUAUUUCCAGAAAGUUGGCAUUGCCUCUUUAAAGCACCACUCAGAGAUUAGGCUGCCCCACUGAUAUCUAACUUUUAGUAGACCAUAAAAGAUAUAGUUGUCAAAUGAAAACAUGUUUGUUACAUAGGAUUGCCAUUUUUAAUACACCAGGCUUUGCACUUAAAUAUGCUUAUUAUACUAAAACUUUUAAAUCUGUCAUUAUUAUUUUUUAAUCUUUUUCAUUUUGAUGGUAUGGGGAAGUAAAGGUUUUUUUGUUAAUAUUUGGGUGGAAAGUCCAAAAGCAGGGAGGGAAAUACAAAAUCUGAUCAGUUUUUCUCCUUCUCCCUACUUUUUAUAUAUAUAUAUAUAUAUAUAUAUAUAUAAUAUUAUUAUUAUACUCUACAGGGAGUGCAGAAUUAUUAGGCAAGUUGUAUUUUUGAGGAUUAAUUUUAUUAUUGAACAACAACCAUGUUCUCAAUGAACCCAAAAAACACAUUAAUAUCAAAGCUGAAUAUUUUUGGAAGUAGUUUUUAGUUUGUUUUAGUUAUAGCUAUGUUAGGGGGAUAUCUGUGUGUGCAGGUGACUAUUACUGUGCAUAAUUAUUAGGCAACUUAACAAAAAACAAAUAUAUACCCAUUUCAAUUAUUUAUUAUUACCAGUGAAACCAAUAUAACAUCUCAACAUUCACAAAUAUACAUUUCUGACAUUCAAAAACAAAACAAAAACAAAUCAGUGACCAAUAUAGCCACCUUUCUUUGCAAGGACACUCAAAAGCCUGCCAUCCAUGGAUUCUGUCAGUGUUUUGAUCUGUUCACCAUCAACAUUGCGUGCAGCAGCAACCACAGCCUCCCAGACACUGUUCAGAGAGGUGUACUGUUUUCCCUCCUUGUAAAUCUCACAUUUGAUGAUGGACCACAGGUUCUCAAUGGGGUUCAGAUCAGGUGAACAAGGAGGCCAUGUCAUUAGAUUUUCUUCUUUUAUACCCUUUCUUGCCAGCCACGCUGUGGAGUACUUGGACGCGUGUGAUGGAGCAUUGUCCUGCAUGAAAAUCAUGUUUUUCUUGAAGGAUGCAGACUUCUUCCUGUACCACUGCUUGAAGAAGGUGUCUUCCAGGAACUGGCAGUAGGACUGGGAGUUGAGCUUGACUCCAUCCUCAACCCGAAAAGGCCCCACAAGCUCAUCUUUGAUGAUACCAGCCCAAACCAGUAAUCCACCUCCACCUUGCUGGCGUCUGAGUCGGACUGGAGCUCUCUGCCCUUUACCAAUCCAGCCACGGGCCCAUCCAUCUGGCCCAUCAAGACUCACUCUCAUUUCAUCAGUCCAUAAAACCUUAGAAAAAUCAGUCUUGAGAUAUUUCUUGGCCCAGUCUUGACGUUUCAGCUUGUGUGUCUUGUUCAGUGGUGGUCGUCUUUCAGCCUUUCUUACCUUGGCCAUGUCUCUGAGUAUUGCACACCUUGUGCUUUUGGGUACUCCAGUGAUGUUGCAGCUCUGAAAUAUGGCCAAACUGGUGGCAAGUGGCAUCGUGGCAGCUGCACGCUUGACUUUUCUCAGUUCAUGGGCAGUUAUUUUGCGCCUUGGUUUUUCCACACGCUUCUUGCGACCCUGUUGACUAUUUUGAAUGAAACGCUUGAUUGUUCGAUGAUCACGCUUCAGAAGCUUUGCAAUUUUAAGAGUGCUGCAUCCCUCUGCAAGAUAUCUCACUAUUUUUGACUUUUCUGAGCCUGUCAAGUCCUUCUUUUGACCCAUUUUGCCAAAGGAAAGGAAGUUGCCUAAUAAUUAUGCACACCUGAUAUAGGGUGUUGAUGUCAUUAGACCACACCCCUUCUCAUUACAGAGAUGCACAUCACCUAAUAUGCUUAAUUGGUAGUAGGCUUUUGAGCCUAUACAGCUUGGAGUAAGACAACAUGCAUAAAGAGGAUGAUGUGGUCAAAAUACUCAUUUGCCUAAUAAUUCUGCACUCCCUGUAUCUCUAUCAACAGCUGUUUUGGGUAACCUGUGAUAAGGUAAAAUGGAGUCCAGUUCUGGAGAAAGCUGAUGUAUAAAAAGGGGAGGGUGUUCAGUGUAGCUAAAGCUUAUUAUACAAACUUCUUAACAGGAGUGUUGUGUGAGAGCUGUGUAUAUAAAUCUCAUGAAAUGUGUGGCUGCUUUUUAUUUUUUUAUUUUUUUUUGUUUGUUUCUCACUUGAGGUUUAUUCUUACAGAAAAAAAGUAUUUGUCCACAUAGGGGCUUUAUUUUGGAGGGAGACGUCAGGAGGGUGCAUGUUGCUCCAGACUCGUUAUGUCAGCCUUCCUCAAAAGCUCUAUAAGUUACUGUGAAGGUGAAAAAGAAGUGAGUGUAGUAGUGCCAAUCACUACACCAAUGCUUCAUCUUGCACAUUGUUCUUACAAAUAUUUUGAGUGGUUAUUCGCUAAACACCAAAUUUUAGCAAAAAAAGCUGAUCUGGAAAGACUUCUCCAACCAUGUUCUAGUCCAGUUUGGUCCUUUAAAAUUCUGGUUCAAUUUGUGGAUCUUAAAAUUCUGGUUCAAUUUCUGGAUGGCGCUUCUCUCGUUUUACUGCCUUCAUCAGUUCCCUCGCCUCCCUAGAACAGCUCACUCUCUUUCCUACCACUGUUCUGUUCUUUCACACACCACAUUUACUGACUUAAUUCAAUAUUUUUAUCUUAUCCAUCGAUCCCAACUCCCUCUGAAAUGCUGUUAUUUCGCUUGUCUUCCUCAUACAUUGUAAGCUUGUUUUGAGCAGGGCCGUCUUCACUCUUGUCUCUGAUUUGUUGUCCAAUAUUCCUAUUUUAUAAUUCUGAAGCACUGUAGAAUAUGUUGGUGCUAUAUAAAUGAUUCUAAUAAUAGUAAUUCACUAACGUUUGAUAUUCAUGGAGUAACUCACAUUGUCUCUUAAUGUAAAGUAUUGCAUGUAAUGAGCAGGGGUUUAUGGGAAAUUCACAGCACUCCAUCAAAACAAUAGUAUGAGCAUGCUUAGUUGCAAGAACUUGGCUAUUUACCUGAUUAUUUUUCCCAACCUACUCCAAACAAAAGCUGUAGUUUUGCAGAGAAUGAAUUAAAAUAAUUGAGAUAUAGAUAUAUAGAUAUAUAUAUUUUUAUAGAGAUAGAUAUCUCUCUCUCAAUUUUUUUAAAAAUUUUUUUUCUAAUGCUGUUAAUUUCCUUUUUUAGUGAACAUGGUUAUUCCCUUGUAUUUAUCUGGCUUCAAGGAGAUUAAUUGCUGUGUGGUGACAAAUAGUGAGGAUUCAGUGUGUUUAACAAGGCCAGAUCAGUCGGUGUUCUUUUCAUAAUGGAAAACCGUUUACAGCAGUGAAGAAUAAGAUGGAGCCAAAAAUGAAAAUGGCCUGCAACUUUCAGCUGUAUGGGUGUGUAGUGCAGACCUCCUGAAAUUGUCACACGUUUUCUUUUGACUUAUCUGACCUCUGCUUUUUAUUAUAUCUGCCUGCAGUGGUUCUUGGCAAUGUUGUAACUCAAUAGCAUAUUUGGUGUUAAAUGCUAAAUAUAGCUGUAGAGUGAAGGUAAAUGCAGAUUAAAACAUGUAUUCUUUAGUGGUUUUUGAGGCCUUUUAUUUAUUCAGCACCAGUCCUGUGGAGUUUCCUAGAGUGGCGUACAUUCUGUUUCGUGUCUUUAUUUAACUCAUUAAUUGCCUGGCUAGGUUUUAAAAAACAAAUGGGGGAAAAAAAAGAAACUAUAACUUCAACAGCUCUAGUAUGUAUGUGUGUUCUGGUUUGUUGAUUUUUUUUUUUUUGCACACGCUCCAUCUAAGUUUGAUAUUGGUAACUAUCUGGGAAUAUUGCUUUAUCUAUGUCUUGUUAGAUUGGAUGUGUUGUCUUAUGUACAUUGCCUUGUAAACGUAACCCUAAGAAGAUGAGAUAAAUGUAGGUAGUAUUGGUCAGCACAGGUUUUUCUGUGGAAUUUAUUUUUUUGUAGUAAAAGGAUGAUUUGUCUGCUUUCUUUUGCAUAUUGUGAGUUUAUGGUGACUUGCUAUUGCCAGUCUUGAUCCUCUGCCAAACAACAAGUUAAUUUCCCUUCUUCACAAUCGUAUGUCUGUGAAUGGCUUGCAUUGCAUUAUUUCUAGCAGUGUCACAACUUAAAAGACCAAUGAGGCAUAUAUUUUUUAUAAUAAGUAACAUACUAAUAGCAGAACAAUUAUUCCGAAAUAGAGAAUGAGAGAAAAGCAGACUCUCUCACAAUAAAAGAUACUUUGCCAUGGAGUAAUGAAGCAAAUCUGUUUUAAAUAAUUUUCAUUCUUCCAGUUUCAUUGAAAACCUUCAGUUUGCCUUUUAAGAUUUGUUAGGAAACUGUGCUUUGGUAUUUUCAUAUGCACAAGGCACACUAACUGAAUUCAGCACUGGCUCCAACAGGGCAAUAACACACUAUUCUAAAACAGGCUAAAGUACCUGUGUCCGGCAAAAUGGAUGUAUGGCGCCCCCCACCCCCAUCAGAGGUGUUUUUAUUUUUUUUUUAUUUUUUUGUAAAUAAUUGUAAUCAGCUUUACCAGUUCUGUUGAGUAAGUACGUUUAGCACUCACACAUUCUCUUAUUACUUUUCAGCAUAGUCUGUGGAGUUAUAAUUUGGCAAUGCAAAGGAAUUUUAAAUAUAAAGUUUUUUGUUUUUUUUUUUCAUUUUAUGUGUGUUUCGGAUUUAAAGAUUAUAGCCCUUUUUGUGGUAGUUUUGAGAUAUAUAUAUUCCUCAUAGAGAAGCAUUGCAGACUUAAAGUAACACUAUAGCGUUAGGAUUUGGACACUGGUUUGUAUUCCUAAUGCUAUAGUAUUAUUUCUCUUUGAUUUUUAGGCCCUCACUCCAAAUUUUAAAUACUGGAAUAAAGAGUAUAAUAUACUUUAUUUAUUUUUCACCAAAGAGGUUAAGUCCCUACAGCUGCUCAAUCUACCUCCUGGGAUAUUGGAGGUUAUGGGUGAUAAGAGUUUGACCUGUAUCUCUUAGUGGAGGGGCUGUCAGGAAGGCAGAUACUAGAUGCAUAUUUAACCCUGCAAUGUAGGUAUUGCUGUAUCUACUAAAAGGCAUUUUUUACAUUGCUGGAAUAAAACUAAAGGACCACUGCACCCAGACCACUUCAUCUUAAUGAAGAGGUCUGGGUAGCACUAGUGGUACUUUAAGGCACGUGCAUGCUAAUCCCAAUGAUCUGACAAUUUGCUUCUUUUUGAGAAGUUAGCUGCACAGUGUGAUGAUACCAAACAUAAACACAGUUGAUAAUGUUUUACAUUAUCCUAGAAAUAGGACAGGGUCCUUGCACCAAAAAAAUAGGUAUAGUAAAAAGACAUAUAAAUACAUACAAUGUAAACGUCACAUGGUAGUGUUGGAUUAACAUCGCUGCAAGCAGUAGCAUAAAGACCUUCUAGACGAGGAAGAGGCACUUACAAUACAGUUCAGGGCAUUUAGAGUAAAUUUUACCCCCUUAAAAAAACAAAACAUAAUUUUUGUGUGUGUGUGUAUAUAUACACACUCUCUAAAUGCAUGUUCAUACUCAAACAGACCCAAUUAGUGUUACAAAUGAAAACUAUGCAUCCUGUUUUAUGAAUAAAUAUAUAAAACAUACAAUUGGAGACCUUUUCUGAAGGUAAAAAGUGCUUGCAGAACUAAAUUUUUAUUUUUUUAUAUAUAUAUAUUUUUUUUUAUUUAUUUUUUGUUUUGUUUUUUUCUAGUGGAAAUGAUGGAAGAAUUGCACAGUCUGGACCCACGGCGUCAAGAAUUGUUGGAAGCACGAUUCACUGGAGUUGGUGUUGCAAAGGUAAUUUUGGAAACUUUUUAUUCGUGUUUUGCUUUACAAAAAAGUAAAGAGAUUGUGCUAAAGGCACUAUGAAUAGCAACCAAUCUCCUUUUUCUCAGCAACAUUUUGUAUAUGCUUUAAAGCUCUUCUCAGCAUGACGUUGAGGUGGAAUAAGGGAGGGUCCUAUGAACAUUGUCACAGCCAGGAAAUGUGUGGCUAAGAUUGCAUACAAAAAGUUAUUUAACUCCUAAACAGCAGAGAGUCUGCAGUGGCAUGAGCUAUACACCAAAACUGCUUUAUUAAGCAAAAGUUGUUUUGGUGGUGUGAGAAUUCCUUUAACUUCUGUAGUCAGCUUAAAGCAGCCUCCAGGUUGUUUUCAGUGGUUAACAUUUGCUCUAACCUCCUAUUCAACACUGAGUUGUAGAGGUGUAGGGAAUCGUAGCUUCUCCCCUUAAUGGCUCACCCAAUUAGAGUUGUCAACAAAUUUAUCUGCAACUUCAAUAAUUUGGAUGGAGUUAGAUAUUUUUGCACAUGGGAUAAGUUUAUGAUGCAUGGAGUAUCCAUUUAAAUGUUUUCAUUGUCCUGCAAAUGUAUUAAUCGGUUUCUCUUUCUAGGGACAACUGAACAGUGAAUCAUCUAACCAAAGCCUUUGUAGCCUGGGUUCUCUGAGUGACAAAGAACUAGAGGUGAGAAAAAUUUAAGCUGACAUUUCAUGUGGUUUAAUGCAGUAGAUGGAAUUUGUUAUGCCUGUAAAGUUUUAACACUUUCCAGAGAAGAAAUGAGGUAAAACUAGUAGGAUUCUUUUCAUCCUAGUUUCGCAGUUUUAGAAGUAUGCAAAAAGAAUAACAACAAAGUUUCAUUUUGCAUGCUAGCAGCCUUUGACUGUAUUAUCCCUAAAAGGAAUAGGCAGCAUAUUUUAUUUUUUUAAUGAACAUCCAAUUGGUAUUCACAAUCGUAGUAAACAGAUUUGCCUAUAACAUUUAAGCGGGUUUGAUUUCAACACCAAGUAAGAAAAUGUAUAUCAGGCUUGUUUUACCUACUUAAAGGACCACUCUAGGCACCCAGACCACUUCAGCUUAAUGAAGUGGUCUGGGUGCCAGGUCCAGCUAGGGUUAACCCAUUUUUUUUAUAAACAUACAAACACAUGUUUGUAAAUGGGUUAAUCCUUCCCCCAAAGCCUCUAGUGGCUGUCUCAUUGACAGCCGCUAGAGGCGCUUGCGUGAUUCUCACUGUGAAAAUCAGUGAGAGCACACAAGCGUCCAUAGGAAAGCAUUGAUAAUGCUUUCCAAUGCGACCCGCUGAAUGCGCACGCACGGCAAGAGCUGCGCGCGCAUUCAGCCGACCGGGAGGAACGGAGGAGGAGCUCCCCGCCCAGCGCUGGAAAAAGGUAAGUUUUACCCCUUUUAUCCUUUCCAGAGCCGGGCGGGAGGGGGACCCUGAGGGUGAGGGCACCCUCAGGGCACUAUAGUGGUCCUUUAAAGGUACUCUCUGAGUACCAAUAGAACUUAAGUGCUUGUGAUUUUUGGCUUCAUAUACAUGCUGUUUUCUCCCUGUUCACAUAAAUAACUUUGCAAAAAUAAACACAUUGCAGCAUAACUCCACCCUUUAGCCACAACUUUGCUUUAUCACAGGCUUAUGGUGUCUGUUUUAUAGUUUUUCAUUCUUUACAUGUUAAGUAGCACCAAAUGUAACGGACCAUUAAUUGUGUGCUUUUGUUUUUGUUUUUAAUAUUAUAAACCUUGAGGUUAACUUACUGCAGGGAUCGACAAACCUCUGGUCACCAUGGCGACCUGGAAUUUUGUCCUGAUGCCUGAGAUUAAUCUGCCUGUUCAGUGCAGUUGGCGCGGCAGAAUACAGGAGCUGGCUGACUGUGUGGAAUGGAGCAGGGCGGAUGUAUAGGAGCGGUCAUGUUCCUGUUCUGUUCCCUCGCUCACCCUACAGUGAUGCCGGUAGUCGGAACAAGACAUUGCCCAGGCAUACUAAACCAUGCGUGAGAGGGAGCAGAGCGAGAACAUGAUAGCAGCCCCACAAGUUCACAGGGAAUGCCUAGCCACACCACAUCUCAAAAAGGUUGGGUGGCUGGGUGGAUUUCAAUUAAAAUAAUGAAAAAUAAUUUUUUUUUAAUUUAUUUUUUUUGGAGCGUGUUUAGGUGACUGGCCCCCCUCUGCUUGCAUAGGAAAAGUGAUUUUCCCAAUGCUGUGCCGGUCCCACCUCCAUGGCUUAGAUAAUCAAUCGUGAUGAUCUCAGCCAAGCCAAUGCUUUCCCAUAGAAGAGCAUUGGGAGGCAAUUGCGCAUGCACUUAUCAGCAUCUCCUCAUAGAGAUGCAUUGAAUCAAUGCAUCUCUAUGGGGCACAUUCAGCACCUCUGUGUGUGUGGAGAUGGUUCUGCACACUGCAAUACGGGACUAGGAAGCACCUCUAGUGUUAAUGGGUAGCAAUGUAAACAUUGCCUUUUCUCAGAAAAGGCCGUGUUUACACUGCGAAGCCUGAAGGGACAGGCUAUAGACACCAGAACCACUACGCUGCAGUGCUUCUGGUGACUAUAGUGUCCCUUUAAGAAUUGUAUUUGUCGCUAUAAAUUAAGCUUUAAUUGUGUGUGUGUGUGUGUGUAUAUAUAUAUUAUUAUUAUUAUUAUUAUUAUUUAUAUAGCGCCAACAAAUUCCAUAGCGCUGUACAAUGGGAUAUUUUAUAUUUAUUUUUAUAUCUAUAUCAAAAAAUCAUCACUCCCAGGAAUUUUGCAAAAAAUCCAAACAGUUAUCUUUAUUCCAGUAGUCAACGUUUCACUUCCCUGGGGAAGUGAAAACUUGGCUCCUAACUUUUUUUUUUUUUUUUUAUCUAGCUCCUAGAUUCCAAGCAAAUUUGUCAAGCCCUGACUUACUGCAUUGCACUACUCUUAAAUCAUUCCUUUGUUGUUUCUUCUAAAUUAUACUUUUUAAGAUCUAGGGAAAUGAUUUGGAAUAGAUUUUGUUGUUUUACUCACUUUCUCUCUGUACUUUUUGCAUACAGAUUUGAGUGUUGGUUAAUCGGAUCUGCUGAAAUAGCUGUGUAUUUAAAAUUCACCUGGAAAUGCUUUAUUUUGAGAGGUUUUGCAUAUUUGUUACCAGGUGUGCAUUAAAAUACUGUCAAUUUCAUUGUAUGCUUACACAGCCCCGUUUUAUUUCCCUACUCGUCCCUUGUAAGGCACAAGUGCACUUUUCUGUGUUAUUUUAAAAGGUCUCUCUUUAGCAGACUCCUGAAAAGAAACAGAAUGACCAGAGAAAUCGCAAGAGGAAAGCUGAACCUUAUGAAACUAGUCAAGGUAAUAAGUUGUGUUCACAUUAUUGUAAAGUUCACCAAAGUAGGAUGUAUCUGGCGUAAAGAUUUCAGUUUAGCUUAAAUCUAUUACAAACGUUUCUUUUUAUAAUAUAAAAAGUCCUUGUAUUAAAGGAUUACUCCAAACCCUAUGACCAUUUCAGUGACUUGAAGUAGUCGUGGUUCUUGGAGUCUGUAUGUGCAGAGUUUCAGUUUGCACAUCUGUACAUAAAGCAUUAAAGCCCUGCCAGAGGUCUAACUUCCUAUCUCUGAGUUCCAGGUUGGUUAAUAUCAAUUCAGUACAUAUAAACAUUGGAACUCACCCGCCCUGCCCUCAUACUCUGUAACUAUACUCCAAGUUCCACAGUAUUGCCUGUCCUCCAAUAGACACACUGUGUGACUGUGGGAAAUAUAGCAAAUUCUUAUUUCUUUAAUAUGUGUAAAAAAAAAAUAUUGGGCUUCGAAGCAGAUUUGUAGUGGUGUGCUGGUUUUUGUAUGUUUUAAUUGGUUUUGUCACCUUUUUAAAUUGUGCAUUUUCAGGUGCAUGAACAUUGCUUUAAACCUGUCCAAUCUGUAUGAAAUUCAAAUUUAUUUAUUUUUUGUCUUUCUCAGGGAAGAACACCCCUAGAGGACAUAAAAUUAGUGAUUAUUUCGAGGUAAGUGAUGUAAGUGCAUCCUAUUUUUAUAUUUUUAUUAUUAAAUUCCUCUGUCCUCCAUUGUUUUCAGAUAAAUUAAAGGUCAAUAAGUUUUAUUUAAAAAAUGGGUGGAAAGUAUUCCAUGUUUAAAGUGGCACGGUCGUGCCGAACUACCUUACCCCAAUCGCUUCCUCUUCUCUCCCACUCUCAGGAUCUGUUAUCCAUUUCUUCCUGUCGGCUCUAGUUUUCUUUAAAACACAAGACAAAGUAGGAACUACUUUGUCUAAUGUAUUUUUCCUACACUUGACCAGCUCUGACCUACUUCCUGUGGGUCAGAAAUUUUUCCACAAUACUCACCCUUAAAGGACCACUCUAGGCACCCAGACCACUUCAGCUUAAUGAAGUGGUCUGGGUGACAGGUCCAGCUAGGGUUAACCCAUUUUUUCAUAAUUAUAGCAGUUUCAGAGAAACUGCUAUAAUUAUGAAUGGGUUAAGCCUUCCCCCAAAGCCUCUAGUGGCUGUCUCAUUGACGGCCACUAGAGGCGCUUGCUUCUCACUGUGAUUUUCACAGUGAGAGCCGCCAGCGUCCAUAGGAAAGCAUUGUAAAUGCUUUCCUAUGAGACCUGAAUGCUUGUGCCCAGCUCUUGCAGCGCGUAGCCGGGGGCAGGGGAGGAGGGAGGAGAGCUCUCCGCGCUGGAAAAAGGUAAGUUUUUACCCCUUUCCCCAGAGCGGGCGGGGAGGGGGACCCUGAGGGUGGGGGCACCCUCGGGCACUAUAGUGCCAGGAAAGCAGUGUUUUCCUGGCACUAUAGUGGUCCUUAACUUCAUGAUCUCGUGAUGCCCUGUCACAUAGAACGCCAGUGAAACUACCGAAUUUCGCUUUAACAGAAUGAGAACAGUUUGUUUAUUCAUGUUAGGAUGCAAUUCGGAACUUUCGGAUCAGAAUUUUAUCCAUCUUCAUCUUGCAACCACUUGGUAAAUAGCUCCCUAAUUCACAUGGUAUCGAGGAGUUAUCUAAAAAAAAAAAAAAAAAAAAAAAAGCUGAAAGACCAAUAUUGGUCUUUCAGACAAAUUUAUGAAUACUAAAUAAAGAUUACUUAGUAUUGGUAUACAAGGGAGAUUAAAAUUUACCUUCUGUCCCUUAACACUAUAACUCAAGUAGGGGCGUGGCUGCUCACUAUUGUGGGAAAAAAGACCCCCACUCCUAUGGAAAUCAUGAACGGGGAGGGGGGGGAGGACCUAGUGUGCCAGUUGGGGCUAUUAAACUGAAUGGGGGACCUAGCAUUCCCUCCCUUCUCCUUCACCCUAAAAAUAGUGAGGGGGGAAGAAAAAUCUAAAUACCUGUAUAAAAAUAUUUUUUUCAGCUCCAAAAAACACCAAAUAAAAAGCCAUAAAUCCCGUCGAACUUUGGUGGGGGAAAAAAAAGCAGAAAAAAAGAAAAACCCGACACUAAAAACAAUAAUCCAUCUUCACCCAGCAAUGGCACAAUGCAGACGGACCUCUGCAGUGCAGGAAAAGGCUUAUAAAGCUUUCCCACGUCCUGUAAUUUUACUCGGAGCGUUCUGGUUGGUUUAAGCCAGCCAAGAAGUGUGCUCUGAUAGGUAAAUUUUACAAAGUUCGAUGGGAACUAUGGCUUUUUAUUUGUUUUUUUUUGUUUUUUUGGAACUGAACGAAAGACAACUAGUGGUAAGUAUAUUUAGCCGCCCCCACCUGCCGCUCAUGGAGGGGGGAGGAGUCUUAUUGUCUCUAGUCUCUCUCCCCGCCCCCACCCGCCGCUCAUGGGCGGGUGCUGAAGGGGUCAAUAGGUGUUGAUACUUGGGACCCACCUGCCGCUCAUGGGUGAGGAGACAAUAGGUCCCCCUUUGUUACUUAGGGCCCCCACCCACCGCUCAUGGAUGGGGGCCAGGGGAGACAGUACUUUUUGCCCACAACUGCCACUUAUGGGUGGAGGCCGUGUGAGGAGACAAUAGGUGUGUCACCUAUUGAUACUUAGGACUCCACCUGCUGCUUAUGGAUGGGGAGACAAUAGGUCUUCCAUUGGCUGCUCACUGUUUAGUAGACAUGCCCCAAAUUUUAAUCUCCCUUAUGCUAAUAUUGGGGUCAUAUUCACCUUAUUCUAAUACGGGGGUCAUAUUCACCCUCCUAGAAUGAUGGGAGGCAUGGGGUGAGUUAGUAAGUGACAGGGAGCCCUGCUUCUUCUAUUUUCACCUAUUACAAGGAGGGAGUCGCGAGCCAGUAGCUCCCUCUUUGUAUUAAAACGAACGAAGAUCGUUUGAAAUUUCUAUUGAUUUUAUUAGCCUUUCUGACGACUGAGUAAAUAGACGAAAUUCCCGUCUGAGCAUUUAACUGGGCAUGCACAGUAAUUUCACAGUGCUAUCUAGUGUGGGCAGAUGAUGUGUUCCACAGGGCCUUCAUCUCCCCACACUAAGAUGGUGGCGCCCAGAACCUAGGUCCGGUCACAAAAUAAAGUUUUUUUUAGAAAAGGGUAAUAUAGAAACAUAGAAUGUGACGGCAGAUAAGAACCAUUCGGCCCAUCUAGUCUGCCCAAUUUUCUAAAUACUUUCAUUAGUCCCUAGCCUUAUCUUAUAGUUAGGAUAGUAAUAAUUCCUGAUAUUAUUUUUAAACCUUUGUCCCUAUAAUUUAAGACUCUGUCCUCUUGUUGUGGUAGUUUUUCUUCUUUUAAAUAUAGUCUCCUCCUUUACUGUGUUGAUUCCCUUUAUAUAUUUAAAUGUUUCUAUCCUAUCCCCCCUGUCUCGUCUUUCCUCCAAGCUAUACAUGUUAAGAUCCUUUAACCUUUCCUGGUAAGUUUUAUCCCGCAAUCCAUGAACCAGUUUAGUAGCCCUUCUCUGAACCCUCUCUAAGGUAUCAAUAUCCUUCUGAAGAUACGGUCUCCAGUACUGCGUACAAUACUCCAAGUGAGGUCUCACCAGUGUUCUGUACAAUGGCAUGAGCACUUCCCUCUUUCUGCUGCUAAUACCUCUCCCUAUAUACAACCAUGCAUUCUGCUAGCAUUUCCUGCUGCUCUAUUACAUUGUCUGCCUACCUUUAAGUCAUCAGAAAUAAUCACCCCUAAAUCCCUUUCCUCAUAUGUUGAGGUUAGGACUCUAUCAAAUAUUAUGUACUCUGCCCUUGGGUUUUUAUGUCUAAGAUGCAUUAUCUUGCACUUAUCCACAUUAAAUGUCAGUUGCCACAAUUCUGACCAUUUUUCUAGUUUACCUAAAUCAUUUGCCAUUUGGCUUAUCCCUCCUGGAACAUCAACCCUGUUACAUAUCUUAGUAUCAUCAGCAAAAAGACAUACCUUACCAUCAAGACCUUCUGCAAUAUCACUAAUAAAAAUAUUAAAGAGAAUGGGUCCAAGUACAGAUCCCUGAGGUACCCCACUGGUGACCAGUCCAAGCUUCGAAUAUAUUCCAUUAACAACAACCCUCUUUUGCCUGUCACUCAGCCACUGCCUUACCCAUUCAACAAUAUUGGAAUCCAAAUUUAAAUAUUGCAGUUUAUUUAUAAGCCUUCUAUGUGCAACAGUGUCAAAAGCCUUAGUGAAAUCUAGGUAAGCAAUGUCUGCUGCACCACCCUGAUCUAUAAUUUUAGUUACCCAAUCAAAAAAAUCAAUAAGAUUAGUUUGGCAUGAUCUCCCUGAAGUAAACCCAUGUUGUCUCUGAUCUUGAAAUCCAUGUGUUUUUAGAUGUUCGACAAUCCUAUCCUUUAACAUGGUUUCCAUCACUUUCCCCACUACUGAAGUAAGGCUUACUGGCCUAUAGUUGCCCGACUCCUCCCUAUUACCUUUCUUGUAAAUGGGCACAACAUUCGCUAACUUCCAAUCUUCUGGGACUACUCCUGUUAACAAUGAUUGGUUAAAUAAAUCUGUUAAUGGUUUUGCUAGUACACCACUAGACUCUUUUAAUAGCUUUGGGUGUAUUCCAUCAGGUCCCAUUGACUUAUUUGUCUUUACUUUUGACAGUUGAAAUAGAACCUUUUCCUCUGUAAACUCACGUGUAAUAAAUGACUCAUUUAUCCUUUCUCUUAACUGAGGUCCCUUUCCUUCAUUUUCAUCUGUAAAUACAGAACAAAAAUAUUCAUUUAGGUAGUCAGCUAGACCUUCAUCCUCUUCUACAUACCUUCUUUUGUUUUUAAUCGAACUAAUCCUUGUUUUACUUUCCUUUUCUCAUUUAUGUAUCUAAAAAAUGUUUUGUCCCCCCUUUUUACUGACUGUGCUAUUUUCUCUUCUGUGUGUGAUUUGGAAGCUCUUAUAACUUUCUUAGCCUCUUUCUGCCUAAUCUUAUAGAUAAUUUUGUCUUCCUCACUCUGUUUUUUUUUUAUAAUUCCUAAAUGCUAAAUUUUUGUUUUUAACUAUUUUGGCCACAUCUGCGGAGUACCACAGUGGUUUCUUGAAUUUUUUGCUUUUAAUGACAAGCCUAAUGCAAUUUUCUGUUGCCUUCAAUAGUGCAACUUUUAAAUAAUCCCAUUUCUCUUGGACUCCAUUUAAAUUGCUCCUGUCUGAUAAUGACUCCUCUACACAUAUUCUAAUUUUAGAAAAGUCUGUUUUUCUAAAGUCUAAAACUUUUGUUUUUGUGUGGUGUGACUCAGUCACUGUUCUUAUAUUAAACCACACUGACUGAUCACUGGAUCCUAAACUUCCACCUACAGUAAUAUCUGGUACCAAAUCUCCAUUUAACACUAAAUCUAGUAUGGCCCCUUUACGAGUUGGCUCCUCAACAGCUUGUUUUAGAGACACUCUCAGUAGGAGUUUAGAAUAGGUGUGCUCCUGGCACAAGUAGCUAAUUUUGUUUUCCAAUUUACAUCAGGAAGAUUAAAGUCAGCCAUGAUGAUAACUUCCCCCUUCAUUGUCAUUUUAGCUAUUUCCUCAACUAGUAGAUUAUCUAACUCUUCAAUUUGUCCUGGGGAACUAUAAAUCACACCUACACAAAAUGGGAGACCUAGGGACAUUUGGGAGAACUAGGGGGGCAAUUAGAUGCAGUGUAGUUGGGAGGGGGUUAAAUAAAAAAAGAUGCGGCCAUGACCGUGCCGCUUUAACUUCAGGGUAGUAAUCAAAACCACAUUUUGAGUUACCCAGUCGAAACAACGUUGUUUAUUUCAAAAAGGAAUUCUCGCAUAUCCAAAACCAGGCCUUGACUACAAUGCCUAGUUCAAUGAAAAGUCUUAUUGGGGAAAAAAAUAUCAAAUCAAACAAUAUUAACACUGUUUUAUUACGCCAGCAACAAGUUUUCCAACAAUUGCCCUUGCCAUGUUGUAGGGAGAAAAAUAUAUUAAGUCCUUUAGCUUAAAUUUUUUUUUGAUGGCUGUAACUAAAAAUACAGCCUGAGCUUUAAAGUAAACAUGCUUGUUAGCCGUUAUAUGUUUUACAGCCUUCCAUAGAGCAUUGCAUUGUGUAAGGAGAUACUCUUAAGUAUUACUACCACUUAUUGUACUAUGAACUUAUGGGCACAGUCCGUCAAUUUUGGUCCAAAAUGUUUUGACAAAAUCAGAGGGUUCUCCUCUUAAGCCUCACUGAUAAUUGGAGAUUAUAAUUCCAAGUUAUCAAGUGUCAAUCUAUCCAUUCUAGGAUGACGUUGAGAGGCUAUAGAUGAUUUAAAGAACAAUCUGUUUUACUUCAAGAAACGGGAGGAAAGUAUUCCAUAUUUAACUUCACAAGAGAAGCAAGACCACAUUUUGAGUUACCCAGUCGGUACAAUGCUGUUUGAGCGUGCCAGUGGAAAGUUGGCUUAAUGCUCUCAGCCUAUCACUUUCCAAGGCUGGAGAGAUUUGCAUUUAAAAGGACUCUCUGAGUGCAAACACAUUUUAAAAGGUUAUGUCCAACAACCAGGAAGAGGCUCCACUAAUUAGGAACCUCAUACUCAGGUUUAUUGGAUAAGUUCAGACUUUAUAAACCAAUGUCCAGCUGGAGACUCUGGAGUGUCUUAUUCUUUAGUUGCACUUCCACUUAUCAGGAGACUACAUUUUCCAUAUUAACUGACCAUGUUCUGUUUUUGUAAGCAAUUUUUUUGUUUAAAAGUAUUUGUUUUUUUUUUUAUAUGAUAGUUUGAAGUAUUUAUGUUUUUUUUUUAUAUGAUAGUUUGCUGGGGGAAGUGGCCCUGGAACAAGUCCAGGUAGAAGUGUUCCACCAGUUGCCCGAUCGUCACCGCAACAUUCCUUAUCGAAUCCUCUUCCCUUAACGGUAUGUUUUUUGCAUAGAAUGUCCAAAUGGACUAGCGCCAUGCUCUAUUUAUAGUCAGACUAAAUAACUGUAUUUAAAAAGUGAGAAACACACAUCAAUUAUUUUGCACAUGUAACAUAUCCUUCCAGAUGCUAAGCCUCUGAAACAGUGGUUCCCAAACCUUUUAGGUUCAAGGCACCCUUAAUAUUUCAGUAUUUUUCCAAGGCACCCCAAGUUAAAAUUUCUAGAUUGUAUCUGUACAGUUCUGCGGCUUUUACUGGCGCUAUAGUGUAUGGCACAGUGUUGGUGUUUAAAGGUGUGCUUGUAUACAUUUAUUGUGUUUUAAUACAGGGGUGUAUUUUGUAUGUAAUGUUUGCGUUUGAUUGCAGGUGUGUAUCUGAAUGUAAUGUUCACUUUUAAAUGUGGAUGUAUAUUUAUGUGAAGUAUGUGUUUGAGUGAAAGGACCACUAUAGUGCCAGGAAAACAUACUCGUUUUCCUGGCAUUAUAGUGCCUUGAGGGUGCCCCCACCCUCAGGGACCCCCUCCCGCCUGGCUCUGGGGAAAGGAAAGGGGUUAAAACUUACCUUUUUUCCAGCGCCGGGCGGGGAGCUCUCCUCCCAUUUGGCUGAAUGCGCACGCGCGGCAAGAGCUGCGCGCGCAUUCAGCUGGUCUCAUAGGAAAGCAUUUACAAUGCUUUCCUAUGGACGCUUGCGUGCUCUCACUGUGAUUUUCACAGUGAGAAUCACGCAAACGCCUCUAGCGGCUGUCAAUGAGACAGCCACUAGAGGAAUUGGAGGAAGGAUUAACCCAUUUAUAAACAUAGCAGUUUCUCUGAAACUGCUAUGUUUAUAAAAAAAAAAUGGGUUAAUCCUAGAGGGACCAGGCACCCGGGCCACUUCAUUAAGCUGAAGUGGUCUGGGUGCCUAGAGUGGUCCUUGAAGGGUGUGUUUGUAAUAUUUGUGUUAGAUUGCAGGAGUGUUUUUGUAUGUUGUGCUGGUGUUUUAACUGCUUGGAUGUAUGCACGUACAAUACUACAUACAUACACAGAUAUUCAUGCACAUUAACACACAGAUGCAUAUACAUACAGUGGGACCUCGGUUUACGAAUUAAAUGCGUUCUCCGGGACGUUUCUUAUUGCGAAAAAUUUGUAAACUGAAACGUGGUUUCCCAUAGUAAUGCAUUGAAAACCAAUUAAUCCCUUCUGGAGGUCAGAAAAAAGUAAAAAUGAGCUGGCAUGGAAACCAAUGCACCAAAAAGUCCCAAAACAACUGCAAUUUCAAGAAUGGCUCAAAAACUCUAUGCAAAAACAGCUCCAACACCUCCACGCUCGAUGCCACAUGCUACCCACAGGCUCCAGCAUGCAGGGGACGGUGCUAUAAACCUCACAGGUGCAAUGCAUCCUGCGUAAAGUUGCUUUGUAUUGCGGAAAAAAUUUGUAAACGGAGACAUUAUUUUCAAUGGAUUUUAAUUUAAGAGUCGUUUGUAAACAGAGGUUCCACUGUACACCGACACAUACACACAUAUAGAUAUACACCGACACAUAGAUACACAUGCACCCUGACACACACAAACAUUGAUACAUGACAUAAAAACACACACCCUGACACGCAGGGGUGUGUGUGUGUGUAUAUAUGUGUGUGUGUGUGUGUGUAUAUAUAUAUAUUAUGUAUGUAUGUAUGUAUGUACGUACAUACACUCACUCUCUUGGAAGGAGGAGGGGGGGGGAGUGAAGGGGUCUGGAGCUCUUCGUGCUCCUCUUCCCCCAGCUCUGUCUCCCUGCAGGGUACUUGAAGGAAGUGACAGGCUUAAUGGACCAAGGCACUCGACCUGGUCCCUGCUGAGCAGUAAUGUUUCCCUGGUGCUAUAAUGAUAGCACCAGGGAAACAUUCCACGGCACCCCUGUGUGCAUGCAGUUUGGGAACCGCUCCUCUGAAGAAAAGUUAUUUGAAAUGUAUUGCACAUUGGCUCCUGGAGUUGUAGGUUUCAGGGCUCCUAUUGUCUCUUUGCAACCCCCAACAGCUGCACUUGAAAGUGCAACACUGCCUUCGAUACUAGAAAUUUUCUUGCACUUGCAUUUUGCCCAUCUGCUGUUCUUCUGGCUUAGGUCGAAGGGACACUAUAGGCUCCCAGACCACUUCAUCUCAUUGAAGUGGUCUGGAUGCAAUGUCACGGUCCCCUUAACCCUAACUAGUGCUGGAUGUCCUUACGCUCUGCAUGAUGACAUUGUAUCAGUAAAAUCCCCAUGGUAUUUGAAGCAGUGCUUUCCUAUGGGGAACGCCUAAUGCGCUUGCAGUGCUCACGUUGCAUGAGCAUUAGACUUAAGUUCAGUGAGUUCAUUAACCCUUACAGGGGAGGUGGGGAUGCAAGGGUGCUAUAGUGAUAGAAAUACAGACUUGUAUUCCUAGCACAAUGCUGAGUCUGUGAUUGAAAGUUGAUGUCACUGGGAUGGCUAACCAGAGAUGAUGCAUUUGAUUUUCAAUCAACACUUAACAAGGCUGUUUAAUAAUAAAUCUAAAAGAAAUAUCACAUGUUCUGAUGUUCUUACUAUAUCUCACCACUUUCCAAAAGGUGAUAUAGACCAUUGCUUACAAGAUCAAUUGGAAUCCGUUACCUUUUUUAUUUAUUUUGCAUAUGUUUAAAUUAAAAUGGAAAAUUUGAGUAUUUCUUGUAUACACUAAAUUUAAUUUGCAGGAAGUUAUUGUUCAGAGAGUCUGCUUAAAGGAACACACAUAUACUCCAAAAAGGAGAAAAAUAGCAUGUAUGUUUUCUUUGGGAGUAAAAAUAAAUUAUGUCUGGCUGUCCUUAGGAUUUGCAAUUCAUCCCCUCUUUCCUGACACAGACUUUCAGUCUAAGCCACAUAAUACACCAGUUGAGAAUCCUCUGUGCUGGAGACGUGAGCUUGCACACAAAUGCAGUUUUCCUAAGCUUCACAAUGAGCCAUAGUACAGCAAGUGAGUUCUCAUCCAGUCCGUCUGUUACUUCUGUUGGAUCUCUGGAGCUAGCAAUAGUGGGAGAAAACUUCACUGGCUGGCUGACCGCUGGGGAACUGUUUUGAUGAUUAUUUAAAAGUACAAUGAAAUUUGCACUAUUAAAAGCUGACAAAAUGUCUGACUCCAGACUAACACAUCUUCAGCAGUGUUCCUUUAAUAUGAUACACUUAGUGUUGCUUUCAUAUACAUAGUUCUACGUGAGGAUAACAAUAUAUAUUUCAGUGUUUGGUUUUGGCUUUUGUUAAAUAUCUUAAUCUGCCUGUGGACCUGCUAAUACAGUUAGUAAUGCAGAGUGCUUGUGGUUGUUUUUUUUUUUUGUAAAGUAGUAAAUAUAUAUCUAUGCAUUUUUAUUGUUUUUGUAGAGUCAGCAAAGCAGCCCUCCUGCUACCACACCGGUGAAUCUAGAGCAUUCCUGCAUCACCCUUAAACCGAUUUCCGUCCAGCACAGGCAAACACAGGUGAGCUAUUUAAUCCUUUAGCUGGACUCUGCUGGGGUGCAAUUUCAUGGUUUUAUACUUCACAUAGUGCACCGAUCUACAACUAUGCCACUUGUAAACAGUAUAGUAUACAGAACAAUUAUCACUGGAUAUUCAUACCUGCUGUAGGAAACCACUCGGAUAAAGACCACUCACAAGACUCUCAUUUUGUGUUAUCUGAUUCCAUACAUCACCUAUCCAUAGCAUGAUUGGAACUGCUCAGUAAAUGAUAGAAACCAUACAGCAGCUGUCUGAAGAACCACCUGACUACCUAGGCUCAAAAUGCAGUAACACCUCACCCAUUGCUCCCAUUAUUGAAUUAUGCCACAUAAUUCAUCCUUUGGGGUUAUCAAUGGCUUGCUGUGACAAUUAACUUUUAAGACCUGGCUAGUAGGAUAGCAGAUCAAAUUUCAAGCCCUGUGUCGGAGAUGACACAUUUAUUAAAAGUGGCUGGCCUCUGGUAACCUGGCAAAAUCAAUUGAACUGGCUUACAUGUUCAGGUAAUCCUGGCCUAUCCAUUAGCACUGGAGAUGUGAUUGUUUUUGCAGUGGUUGAGAAAGGCCUCUUUGUUAUCCACAAUCCAUAACAAAACACUAUUCCCUCAAGGUUAAAAAAAUAAAAUAAACUUCUGUAAAUUCUCUUUUGAUAUCUGAUAAUAUUGAGGUUCUCCCUGUUUAUUUAUUUGUAUACCAUAAUUAGACUGAGCAGCUCAUCAAUAAUCUAUGAGAUGGCUCCACUUUUGGAAAAAGCCUGGUCUAUUAAACUGGUCAUUGGUGCUAGUGGGGCUUCCCCUUUUUGGUCUGGAGUAAUGAGUAUCAAGUUUAGAUGAUCCUGUAUUUCACAUUGAGUCCAGCCAAGAGACUGGUACAACUAAAGUCUAUUUGGGAUAACCUUGACUAAUAUCCACUGUUUCAAAAUGAUUAUUCUUUGGUUAUAUAGCCCAUGGAAUUUUAUCACCCCACACAAAAAAAAAGUCAGACAACACUGGCAUGCAAAAUGAAAUUGUGUUGUGUUUUUUUUUUUUUUUUCUCUCUUCUUCCCCCCUCCCCUGUGUGGUUACUGAAAUCUCAGUAUUUCCUGCUCUAUUUUGUUUAUACUGUAAAUGUUUGUUUAUGAUUCAAUGAAAGCUAACCUUUUCAAGUCCAGCUGUUGUGAGCUACAUUUCCCUUAAUGUGUCUUGGGCAUUGUUAACCACAAAUGCAAGAAUUCCUAAAGGUUGGCGAUCACGUAAUGUGCAGUGAAGGAUGGUUUCAAUAAAAAAAAAAUAUAUAUAUAUUUCAAGCUUUUGUUGGGUUUUUUAUGCUGGACCUUUAAUCAACAUACAAAUGUGAUUGUGGUGUUCAGCAUGGCUGAUUAUUGUAUGUCUUUAAUCUUUUUGAGGUAUAAAUCUAUUGUGUUUUGUUUUUUUUCAGUCUGACCUCACAAUGGAUAAAAUAUCCGCUCUUGAAAACAGCAAAAACUCGGACCUAGAAAAAAAAGAGGGAAGAAUAGAUGACUUGUUAAGGGUGAGUACAUGUUUACACAACAGCAAUGUUUUUAAUUAAACUCACUAACUCAACUAUUUUUUAGAUAAGAUUGACCUGUUGGUUUUUCUUUAUUUUAUAGCAUUAUUUUAUAGGGCAUGUGCAUGACAGACUGAAUACAACAAUAAUUCAAUUUCUUAGCUGUAGAGAAAUCUUUUAUAUUCUAGCUUUCUUCAUUAGAUUGUUUUUAGAACAUGAACCAUAUGUCAUGCUUUACUUUUUAACUGCCUUAUGUGUAAUUUGUGCUUUCAGGUGAACUGUGAUCUACGACGGCAGAUGGAUGAGCAGAAAAAAAUGCUGGAAAAGUACAAAGAACGGUUAAAUCGAUGUGUGACAAUGAGCAAAAAACUUCUAAUUGAGAAGGUAACUGUUUUUAAAAAAAUUUUUUUUUUAAUUUUUUUUAAAUGCAAUACUGAAAUAUAAAAAAUCAUUAGUCUUUCCUGGUGUUAAUUUGUAUUUUGAGGAAGAGAGAUGAUUUAUUGGCAUUUAUUAAAAUUUUCUUGCUUCAGUCUAAACAGGAGAAGAUGGCAUGUCGAGAUAAGAGCAUGCAAGAUCGCCUUCGGCUUGGUCAUUUCACUACUGUCCGGCAUGGUGCCUCUUUCACAGAGCAGUGGACUGAUGGCUAUGCCUUCCAGAACCUCAUCAAGUAAGACCAUAAAAGAUAUGGCAAAUCCUUGUGUUUCUGGAUACUCAGAAAAGUAUUAAAGUUUUUGGUAGUGUAUGGCAAUAAUUGGUAACUUACAAUACACAGCCUGUGAUUGUCCAGACAGGAGUGCAUUAUGAUGUAUGUUGAGUGCACUUCACUUCUCUAGUUUUAAUUUUUUUUUUUUUUUAUUUAACCUCAAUAUGUCCAGUUACCAAAAAUUCUGACGUUUUGAACCUCUUAAUCCACUUUUUAAAGAAUAAAAAAAAUGUAGGAUCUCUUCUGGCAUCAUAAAUGUAGUGGUUAUGAUGCCAGGUGUGCCUUUGCAUUAUCUCAUGGUAAGAUGUAAAACAGUAUUGUGACAGAACCACAGUUCUGCCACAGUGCAGACACAUUCACCCUGGUUUCUUCUAUGGAAGCUGAAGUCACACUCUCUGGUUUUUCUCCUGUUCCUUACCAUUAGGGAGAGCCGUGAAUCUCCUAAUGGUGACUGACGCUAAGACUUUAACCUGGUAUCACAAUAUGAGUGCUCUUUUGACUGAAGGAGGUGGAAAGUGAGAGCUGUCGGGAAUAAAAGAGAUGGUGGGGGUUAUUUGUGACAUUUCCUGUGUUUUAGGGUAUAUUAUAAUGGCGCCCUGAUGUCUUGGGGCUUCUCAUUUAGUUCUCUCCCGACUCAGGCUACAAGGUGGGAUUUCCAUUGUUCAUGCCAUGGACCCACUGUUGGGGUUGUGUGGGGUUAAAAGUGUGCCUUGUUCUCAAUAAACCCGUUCUUAUUCACCCUUGACUAAGUCUCGGCUAGUGUUUGGCUGAGACAGCUAUAACCGCAAUAAUCACUCAAGGUAUCCAGCACAAGAAGAGAGGGACCCUCAGGGCAACACUCUAGCUGAGCACUGAGUUCUGUCACACAUGCUGAAAUUGUUCAUCUUACCAGAGUUCUACCGGUCACCCAUUGUUGUAUUUUCUGUAUCUGGUCUUCCCCCAGCAGAUUUUUCUUGUAUAAUUAAAGCAAAGCAAAAGCAGCAACCCUUAGAAAUCUUACCAUGGGACUGCACCAGGGAACUCCUAGUACAAUAACCACUCCAGGCUGUACAGACUAUGUUGCUGGGAGCGUUCCUUUAACAAUUUUACUUAAAAUACUAUUCCACAAAUGUACUUUUUUUUUUACCUCCACAAAUUGAACAAAAUAUAGAAAUAUGGGGGGGAAGAGAGGGGUAUUGUGAAAGAAAGCAUUUGCUGUGACUUCAUUGACCAGUUUAUCAAUCUUGGGUAUUACUGUUGUGUACAUUUUUAACUGACCUAUUUUGCUUCAUGCCAGACAACAAGAACGAAUAAACUCGCAAAGGGAAGAGAUUGAACGGCAACGAAAAAUGCUUGCCAAACGUAAACCUCCCGCCAUGGGGCAAACUCCUCCAGCCAACAAUGAGCAGAAACAGAGGAAAAACAAAACCAAUGGGGCAGAGAAUGAAGCGUAAGUGGGCUUUCAUCUAUCAAUGUUUUAUUAAAGUAUCUUUGCCCGAUGCCCAAGGUCAACGUUCAAGUGAAAGUAUCAUCAUUCUUUAGAUAGUACUGACGUAUUCUAUGGUGAUUUACAAUUUUAGAAAGGGAAUAAUCAGGGUAAAGAGAGCCCUGAUCAAACAAACUUUCAAUCUAAGGAUUUGAGGUAGGUGGAUGUAUAUCAUUCGGUAUCUUGGCCAAGGACACUUAAGUUAAUAUAGUCUGACUGGGAUUUGAACCAGUGUUUCCCAGUUCCAAGGCCACUGAUCUAACAAGCUAAUAUAUGAAAUCCAAUAGAAUGUGAUGUACAGGUAAAUAUUUUUCCCCAUGCUAAAUAAAAUACAUCUUGCAAGAUAUUCUAGGGUUUAUAAAACAUUGGUGUGGUAACAUGAACUAUGGUAAUUAGAUGAUAUCCAGUGUGGGGACUAACCACAUAUAAAUACUCGCUGACAAAUCCACCCCUGUGUGUGUGAAACCUGGAGGGCUAAGAGGAGGGGCAAGCCACCUAAAUGGUGGGUUAAACACUAUAUAGGGUCAGGAAUACAUGUUUGUGUUCCUGACCCUAUAGUAAUCCUUUAAUUUGCCUAUGUAUAACUAAAUAUCUUGUACAAAAAAGUCUGUAGAUUUUUUUUAAAGGAUCACUAUAGUGUCAGGAAAACAAAGCGGUUUUCCUGACCAUAUAGUGCCCUGAGGGUGCCCCCACCCUCAGGGUUCCCCUCCCGUGGCGCUGAAGGGGUUAAAACCCCUUAAGCAGCUUACCUUAAUCCAGCACCGGGCUCCCUUGGCGCUGGUGACCUAUCCUCCCCCGCCGUCAGCAGAGCGGCAUUUGCCGCGCGCGCAUUCAAAGUGUCCAUAGGAAAGCAUUUCUCAAUGCUUUCCUAUUGACGCUCUGCGCGAUGGAGGUGAAAUGUGCCUCCUGCAUCGCACAUGCGCCUCUAGUGGCUGUCCGGAAGACAGCCACUAGAGACUGGAUUAACCCCAAAUUUAAACAUAGCAGUUUCUCUGAAACUGCUGUUUGCAUCUAAAGGGUUAAAACUUGAGGGACCUGGCACCCAGACCACUUCAUUGAGCUGAAGUGGUCUGGGUGACUAGUGUCCCUUUAAUGUAAAUCGUAAGUGUUUUUCUGUACUGUUAAGAGUAAAUCAUUAUGAAAUUUUGUCUCUCUCUAUAUUUUUUUAAAUAUCCAGGUUAACAUUAGCAGAAUAUCACGAACAGGAAGAAAUAUUUAAGCUCCGGCUAGGUCAUCUUAAAAAGGUAAGAGCCUUUAGUUUCUAUCCAGGCUUGAAAAAAUAAAACAUGCACGCGCACCCCUCCCCCCCCCACCUCUCCCUUUGGAGUAGACCGUAAAACGAAGCCAGGAGGCAAGUAUAUUUUUAAGAAUAAACAAUUUAAAACAAAAUGUAAUUGGCACAGUAUUCAACUAUAGUGACAAAAAAAAUCCUUUAUUCAAAUAAAAUACAAAGUAAUACUUUCCAUACUGCAUUUCAGCACAAUAGGGCUUUUUCAAAUGGAUUCCAUUUGAUCUAGGGUAAAAGAAAGGGCACGUUAUUGGGAUUUUACACAUGUUUAUAUCCAGUCCCCCAGCAUGGGGUAUUUAACAGAACAAUAGUAAUCCCACCAAGGCGCCUCUGUUUCUGGAAGAUGAUUAGAUCAAACUGUGCUAAUUUAAUUAACCUUUCAAAUAGGCACAGAACAUGAAUAUCCCAGAAUAUGUAAUAUUCGCCCCCACAUGUUUGGUAUCCCAGGAUAUCUUGUUCCUGAGUGCCCAGUCUGGCAAAAUAGAGCCUUGAUCACAUGUUUGUGGUGGAAACCCCGCCCGAUCUGAGUUGACCAACCACGGCUGUGAGUUAGUCUGAGUAAUAGCUUCACGCAGCCUCCCUGAGGUAGCUCUGUUUUCUCGGAGCACGAUGGUCUGUUUACAAUGAUAGGGGCUUGCUUUCAGAAUGCUUAUGCUGGGAGUAUCUGUGGAGGGGAGGGGGGGGGCAGUGUAAUUGAAGCUCUUUGGCUACAGUUAAUGUUUUAUUCACACUGAAUAUUUUACAUCUCUAGCCAGGGUCUGCUAUCUAUUCACAAACUGCAGGUGGAAAUUAUAACCUCGCUCUGUACGGUAAAUUUUACAGCUAUUCUCCGAACGCAGAGCACUAGAGAGCGCGCUUUAUAAAGAUUGACACUAGUACUGCUUAUUUCUGAUUCAGCCUUUACCACUACUUGUCUUUGUUUUUAGGAGGAAGCGGAGAUCCAAGCAGAACUUGAACGACUCGAAAGAGUCCGGAAUUUGCACAUUAGAGAACUGAAGAGAAUACACAAUGAAGAUAAUUCACAGUAAGAACUCUUAGCUGUAUUUGUCUUUGACCACCACCCAACUCAUCAUGCCAUGAAUAAGUGGCAGAAUUUGUUAGUUUUAAAUCUGCUGGGUUGAUGCCAGCAACAUGUAUAUAGCCAGCUUCUACAUCUCUUUGGGUGAUUAUAUAUAUAUUUAAAAGUACCAGUUACCAUAUUGUUUGGCUCUGCAUGUAUGUGGACACUGGUUAUGGCCAUACAUAAGUACUUUUAUAUCAGCAGCAAGAAUAAUAGAUUGUAAAAUGUGCUGUUUUUAGAUGAGUACAUUGCAAUCAAAUUGUUGGUUAUUUUCUCUGGGUUUUAUUGGUACGGUUUGAAAAGUCACAAAGCGGGAAUAGUCAUCUCUAAGUAGAUGUUAUUAAAUGUAACGUGCAAGCACACAUAAAUGUAAAUGAUUCAGUGGAUGACCCUUAGAUCAAGAUAUCGUGUUAUAAGCACAUUAUUUUUAGUUUAGAAAAUUCCUGUUGCAGAUCCCAUCUUAAAAUUAAUAGUGCCGUACAAAACUUUAUAUAUUAGAAAAUAAAAAAAUGCUCCUACCAUGUUUGACUAAUUUGUAUUCCUAGUUGCCAAACAAGGGACCACUGUAUGUAUUUCAUGUGAUCUUUGCGUUUAAAUACACACGAUUGGUAGAGAAUAAAGCUGUCUAAAAAGGACACACUGGUCAAAUCAUCUAGCAGAAUCUUUGUCUCCCUCUUGGUGUGUUUUUUUAAUAUUACGUUCGUUAUUUACAUUCGCUUUUUGCAUGAAGAUUGUAAUAUCAAAAGUUAAUGAACUGUAAGUGAAGGCAGGAGUAAUGAAUGUCAAGUCAUUUUCUGUAGAAUUCUUUUUCAGAAUGCAUUUCUUUGUUUCACACAUGUUUCUCCUUUGCAGGUUUAAAGACCAUCCAACGCUAAAUGAUAGGUAUUUGUUGCUGCACCUUCUUGGUAGAGGAGGCUUCAGUGAAGUGUAUAAGGUAAGAAGUGUUAUUGAGAAAUAGCUGGGUUAUAUUAGGCUUAUUAACAGCAUUGUUCUGUUAAGAUUUUAAAUGUCUCUACAUUUUUUAAUACUUCCAAUAAUUCUUAUUUACAAUCUAUCCGUGCUUGAUACAGUUGUCUUUAUAUGAUGUCCUAUAGUUUAUAUGAAUAACAUUACUUUUAAUGGGUACAAUUUAGAACAAUCUGUUUGGUUUACUCAAACCAUGAUGUAAAUAGUGUCCCCUUUAAAACAGAGUACUUAAAACGUCUCCUGUCUUGUUUUAUUACGUAUGAAAAUCUCUUCAUAUUUAUUUUAUCAUUUUUUUUUUUCCCCUCUUCGGACACUGAUUGCACCAAGAAAUGGUAAUUGAUUUUUCUCUUUACCAUUUACCCACAACUUCAGAUAUUAAGUACCAAGCCUCACCAAAACAUUACCCUGUUGACUUCUGCAGUUAUUUAAAGGACCACUAUAGUGCCCUGAGGGUUCCCCCACCCUCAGGGUCCCACUCCUGUGGCGCUGAAGGGGGAAGAAGGGGUUAAUCUCCCCCACCACCACCUUUUUUUUUUGUUUUUUGUUUUUUUCAGCGCUGGGACUCUCCUCCCUCUUCCGUCAUCGGCUGCAUGCGCGGCAAGAGCCGCACGCGCAUUCAGCCAGUCAAUGGGAAUGCAUUCUCAAUGCUUUCCUAUGGACACUGGCGUCUUCUCACUGUGAAAAUCACAGUGGGAAGUGCCUCUAGCGGCUGUCAAUGAGACAGCCACUAGAGGCUGGAUUAAGUGGUCCUUUAAUAAGCAAAUCAAAAUCAGCUCAAAAGUGGAAAAUAGAAAAGUGUUUUAUAGUUAAAGCAUAUGCUAUGAGUCAUACCCUCAAUGCGAAGAUCACGUUUGGUCACCUAUGAAUUAACUGGGUAAUCCCACGUCCUGCACUAGCUUCUUUCCCAUAUAUCCAUGGCUGUUUAGUGUGCCACAACUAAAUUCUGAAAAGAAACAGAAGGCAAGACUGGCGGAAAUCGGCAUUACCUCGUCUGCAUAUGUUUUGGGUUUGGUUUUUGUUUAUAUUAUUUUGCUUAACCACAAAUCCGUUUUGGUCCUGUGAGUUAAAGUCUAACUUUCUACACUGUAUUAAUUUUUUUUAAACUUAAUAUUUUUAUUGUAUUUAUUAUAUACGGAGUAUCAAACUGUAAUCAAAUAAUUAAAUUCUAGUGUACUGUAUAGUAGUUUAUUGGUUUCGAUGGUAAUUUCUGUUGUACUUCCGACAAAGUGUGGUGUUUUUUUGUUUUUUGUUUUUUAAAUACAUUUUAGUGAUUGAUGUAUAUUUUAAGGACUAUUUUUGCUGGCUACAUCCUCCUAGUUUUCGUAUUAUAAACUUGUCAUUCAUUUAGAUGCCAGUUUAAAUUUGUCCAUCGCAGAGAGACAUUUUGCAUGUGUAUACAUGGAUAUUCCAGACAGUUUGUCCCAGGUUGUAUCUAUAAAAACAGUGCUUUUAAUAUUUUGUGUAUGUGUUUUCUGCACCAAAGACAUCUACAGCAGUUCAUCUGACACAUGAAAAGGAACUACUGUUCUUCUGCCUGUUUCACUGAAGCCUCUAGUCAAGAAGUUAAUAAACACAUUUUACAAAUUGUCCUAUUUUCAAAAUAGAAAUUAUGUAACUAAAAGAGAAAUGGCACACAGGGGAUGGAAUAAGCUGGAGAAAGAUAAUGUAAAAGCAGUAUACAUAGAAAUGUAAAGAUCACAAUAAGCGCUCAUGGGGACCAUUGUAAAAUAAUCAUACCAACUGAUGGUAUGAAUUAAUGAGCCAUACAACUUGAGUUUAGCAGAAGUAGCCCUAGAUCAGGCUAAAUCCCAGAGUCAUUUGCACUUCAUAUGGGUACCAAGAGCAGGAAGAAAAAUGCCCCCAGAAAGGUGAGAACAUAGGUGAUGUGGGGGGUGAAAGGAAAGAGUUUUUUUUUUUUUUUUGUUUUUUUACAAAGUGUACUAUGUAGUCAUAUGGCUUGCGCAGAAGCCACAUUGUGAAUACAAAAAAGGACAAAUGUUGCUAAUAGGGGGUGCAUGCGGUAUUCAUAACAUUUCACGUACAUAAUUUGCUUUUGGGAUCUGGCUGUCAUUGGUUUUACCAGAAUUGUACAUAGACAAACAUAAAUAAAAAGAACAACCCAACGGUAAUGUAAGAACUUGGAUAGUGUAUCGUUUCUUUGUGUUUCAGUUGCCAUCUGGUUUUGAUGGAUUCAUUGUGUUGAACUUAUAGGCCGGAGCACCGGUGGGGGAAAGAGGUUUUUAAACAUAAAAAGGAACAGGAAAGGAAACGCCUACCCCUUAUGGCUCCAUGCAAUCUCUUUACCCCAAAUGUCACUCCUCAAUGAACUUAUGUCAAGUAGAGCAAUACUGUUCCUGUCUGUGAUAUAGGGAGGCAUUCAACUCUCCCAUAGUCCAAUUUUCUCAGCUUGUAUCCAUUGUUUGAAAGUCAGACAGUGCAUGUGCUUCCAGGGAUUGGGAUCAAGGUUUUGGCAGCAUUCAGAAGGUGUUUGUCAAGAUUAUUUAUUGUAGAUUGAAAUGGGUAAAGUAUACCGCAGUUUGGUAAGGGUGGGGAACGAUUCAUGUACAUCAUAAGGUAGAAUGUGAAUACCUUUCCAGGACGGCACUCUCCUGAGAGGAGUUUAUAUAUUUUCGAGGCAAUGGUUCUCUGACGGUUUCAAAAACAAUUUUGUCUAAUGGUUUUUCACUGAAAGCUUGUCCCAGCACCUGUGUGUAUUGGGGUUGUUGAAGAGGAUCAGUGGCAACAACUUGUAUAAUUCAGAGAUGCCUCUGAAUUCCCUCACCAUGCCUGCAUAGUUUCUCGAAAGGCAUCAGUGAUAUGUAUAAAUCUUCCAGACUGGAUAGAACUAAUAACUUGUAGUUGGUGGAAAUGUAACUGGAACAAGGUUGUUGGGUUAAACUUGGCUUAUAAGGGGGGCAGACUCUUCAGCUUUUCAACUGAGAAGAUCGUUAAAUGGGGAAUGAAUAAAGUUCCCCUUGGAAUGCCAGGGUAAGGUUAGGCAUCAUAAGAGAAGCGUGGAAUCGGACAGAAAACUAAUUAUGUAUUUUUGCGUCCAAAUGGCUGAGCAGCCUCUGUAGGGACUGCCCUCCUUUCCAAUCACAGGGAAGGGAGGAAGGCUGGAUUUUUGUUGAAAGAAUCCAUAAACUUUUUUUUUUUUUUUUUUCUUUUUCCUCUCCCCUUGUUAAUUAGUAGAUUUCAGAAAAUAUUUUUCUGGUGAAAGCUAACUGUUUAAGUGCUUAUAGAUGCACCCAUGCUAGAAUUUUUUAUCUAAGAAUACCAAACCUACAAUUCCUUUAAAAAAAUAAAAAAAAAUGUUCAGAAACAUACAAGCUAAAUUCAAAGGACAAAUCUUAAUCUGAAAUUCCCCUUCCUUGUGUCACUCCUAUGCCUGUUAGACGCCUGGAGAGCCAUGAAUCCCUCAGUGAGGGACUUCACCUUUUACUCUAACAGCAGUGAUUGCUUUUCCCAGUUACAAGUUGUCUUCUCUCCAAUACAAUGUCUAAUCUUACAUAUGUAUUUUUUUUUCUAUACCUUUUAAUGGAAAAGGAACAUGGAGGAUCAAUGACUCUGUCGAAAAAAUCGGCCAGAUAUAUUUUAUCCUUAAUCAAACAUCAGGCAUCUCACCGGUAACCUUAUGGAUUACACACAAAGCGUACUUGAGAGGGAAAUAUAUAAAAUACACUUCUAACAUUAAACGGGAGAGAUUUAAUCAAAUAUUCCUUUUGGAAGCAUCGCCAUAAUCCCUUACAGCCUUCCACAAAACAUCCCCUAAUACGUCUUUACUUGAUAAAAUCAAGAAAUGCGAAGAUGAGCUCUCCAUAAUACAUCUUCAUUAGAUGGAAUUUGCUCUGAAAACAUAAUGAUUAUCACAUUAUAGCAGCCUCAAUAAAGCUUGCACAUUUCUACCCCACAGAACACGUUUCUUCAGCACAGGGAGUAAAGCUAUAUAACUCAGAUAAAAUUGCAGAGGAAUUUGCAUUUUUUUCUAUUCUAAAUUGAAUAAUUUGAGGGAGAACCCUGCAGUCCACUAACCUACGUGAUGCAAGAUUUGUGCAUUUCCUUUUCCAGCUUAUGGAAGAUCUAACUCCCCAAUAUUUAUGGAAGAAAUUACAAAAAGCAAUCAAAACACUGAAACCCUGGGGGGGGGGGGGGAUUUCCGUUCCAGAUGGUCCUUCAGACCUUUAUUACAAACUUUUCCUCUAUACUUAUUCUGCAUUUACACUUUAUGUGCAGCUUCUUUAUCACCGGCAAAUCGUUUUCCGAUGCCAUUUUUACAUUCUCACAUACUCUCCAAGCCAGGCAAACCCUGGUACUCUGACCAAAAGUUUUCCCUAUUUCUCUGUUAAAUCCUGAUAUCAAACUUUUUGCCAAACGUUUAGCAAACCAUAUCAAUCAUCUGCCGUACAAUUCUCCUCCAUAUUCUGGACACCCUCCUAGUGUCGAUCUAAACAGAUUUGUAGACUUUUAUAACAAACCUCUAGGUUUAAGUUUGUGGGCCGCAAAAAAAAAAUUUGCAUUCAUAGAAACUUGGGUUUUUUAAGUCCUGUGAGUGUGUUCUUCACUUUGAGAUCAUUAAACUUUAUGAUCUCAGCCAAUCCAAUGCUCUCCCAUAGGAAAGCAUUGGGAGGCUAUUGUGCAUGUGUGUCAAAAUCGGCAUAUCCAUGCAGACUCAAUCUAAUACACUGCCCCAAAAUUCAAUACACUGUACCCUUCCACCAUUCUAAUAAACUGCCCCACAUCACUCUAAUAUACUGCCCUCCCCCCAAUUUAAUACACUGCCGCCUCCUUCCCCCAAAUUCAAUGUCCCCUCCCUAAAAUUAAUACACUGCCCACUCCCUCCUCCAAUUUAUUGCAUUGCCCCUCUCCCUCAAAUUAAUACAAUGCCCCCCUCCCCAAUUUAACACACUACACAGGAAGGUCCCUCAAACUCCUCUUUCCCCUACCUUAAGAUGAGCUGCCCGUCCUCCAGUUCCAGUCCUGCUCUUCUCUGCUCAAGCAGGCCAGACGCUACUCUGGCACUGCAAGCAGGAGGGAAGGGGGAGUGGCUGGCCUCCAGGAGCAAGCGAUCAGCCGUGUGAGGGAAGACGAGAAUCAGACAGUAAAUAUCUUUCCUGUCUUGCAGCUGGUCAGUCACAACACAAAGUGGCCCCAGGGCAGGUGGGCCACAAAUAUAUCCAUUGUGGGCCGAAAGUUUGACAUGCUUGAUCAAGAGGGUCUAUGUAUCUAUCACGGCAAUCUGGGCUUUUGUGCAUUCACACCUCCCACAGUGCCACAAUACUAGCACAGUGUGCAUCAGGUUUACUGCAGAUAGGUUGGUUUCCUAGGUGGACAUGGAAAAUUCACUGCUAUACUCAUGGAAGAUAAGCCAUCCAUUUGUUGCACGACUUGGUUUACGUCCCGCUCACAUCAGGCUGCUACCCCCUACUUGCUACUCCCUCAAGAUAUGGGAUAACAUGGCUCGCACUUAAUCUAAUUUGUAUUAGUUAACUGCUAAUACACCCACCCAUAGACUAUUUGGAAAACCACAUCUAAAAUCUAUCCCUGUGCUCAUGAGUAAAAAAAAAAAAGUCAGGACACUUGGCGAUCUCUUUUGGGAUGCUUAACCAUUGUUCAUUUCAAGAGCAAAAAAAGGAACAUGAUCUCAAUUCCAAAGAUCUUUUCAAAUCUCUGCAGAUCAGACACUAUCUGAGUAGCAAUAAGAUUGUUCUGGUGACUUUAGUGGUCUCUUUAAUGGAAGUGGUUUCUUUAAUGGAAUGUACAUUAAAAACUUUUUCCAUCCAUUUAAGGGACACUGUAGGCACCCAGACCACUUCUGCCCAUUUUUUAGAAACUGCAAUCAUUAUCUUGCAGGGUUAACUCCUCCUCUAGUGGCUGUCUACUAGACAGCCACUAGAGGGCACUUCCGUGUCUAUAGCUAUGUGAGGACCUCCAGCGUCGCUCAAUUCCCCAUAGGAAAGCAUUUUUAAUGCUUUCCUAUGGAGAGCUGUAAUGCGCGUGAUCGCCAUUGCCGCGCAUUAGGUCUCCUCAGCCGGCGGGUGGGAUCAGUCUCGCCCACGACUGACGUGAGGAAGAGGAGGAGGAGCAGCGGCGGCGAGCAGAAACCGCCGCCGAGGGACAUCGGCGGGGGUCUGAAGUAAGUGACUGGGGUUUUCACCCCUUCAGCAACCGGGGAUGGGGGGUGGGAGGGAGAGGGGACCUGUUUUCCAGGCACUGGAGAGUCCCUUUAAGUGAAUAGAAAAGGUUGUACUAUGUAAAUGGUACUUCAAUUGGAAAUAAUCAUGCCAGACGAUUGUUAUAUGCCGUGUCCGUGGGUUGGUUAAGGGUAGGAAUUUGACAUAACUGACAUGCUGCUGUUUUCUUUGUAUUUUCACUGGAACCAAUAUUACUAUCAUAAGAAACUUACUGUUUGCUGGAGCUUCUUGCUUAUGUCGCCAAAGGUGAUCAGUGACACAGGUUGUGAACUGGAAAAUGUUAUAAAGAUACGUACUAGCAAGAGACACUUAAUAUUUGUAUUUAUGGGGUCUUCUAAAAGUCUAAGGAAGUCUUUGUACUUGAAACUAGUAACUAUUAUGAUUGUAACGUGUGUGUGUGUGUGUGUGUGUAUCAUGCUGAUUAGUCGCAUUAACAACGAAACAGCUGUCCAUGAGUGUUUCUGCCUUUACACCUUUUCCUACGUUUCAAAGCUGUUGUACACAGCAGACAUAAACUCCAAGGAAUUCAUGUUUAAAAUGGAAAAAUGAAGGUGUUCUUUGUUUAACUAAUUUGCAUAUUCACACCCAGAAUGCCUUGUAGUAGUAAAAGCACUGCAGAUGAGAUUUCUUUGGAAAAAGCAAGUUUUAUGGCUUAACUGGUUUUUGCAGAUCUAUGUAUGUUUUGAGUGUGUCUAUAUUUCGAUCUUUGUAUCUGCAGAGAUAGACAGGAAAGUCAUUCUACAGGCUUCAAGAGCCUCAAACUGCGUUUUCUCUUGUUCAUCAUUACAGAUUAAUACAUUAAAGUUUGAAACCAGUUACCUAAUCUGUGUUAGUGGCAGACCAUAUAUAUUCUUUUCUGUUCACAAAGCCAAUAGAUUUGUGAACUUUGCACAAAAUUAAUUUGUCAUUUGCAGGCACGAUAAAAUCAGCGUACAAGAAACCUGCCUCAAUUCUUCCUUCUAUUAUGAGGUUAUAUUUUUCCCUUUGUGGAAAGUAUAAUCUAUAGUAGCCCUGGUAUAAUUCUGAUAAAUAAUUAUGUAUUCUUAGUGGCAAUAUAGUUAAAUAAAUAACUUGAAACUUUACUUCUGUGUAUCUUACAGGCUUUUGACUUAACGGAACAAAGAUAUGUAGCUGUGAAAAUCCACCAGUUAAACAAAAACUGGAGGGACGAAAAGAAAGAAAAUUACCAUAAGUGAGUUUACAAUUUAAAGGGACGUUCCAUGCUGGCAGAUUUAAAUUGUUUAUGCAUUGUAUAGAUGAGCAUUAAAGUGCAAAAAGUUACAAAUAUUGAAAAAUGUACCUGUUGGCAUUCCUCAUAGCUUUACAUAUGAAAUGUCAUGAGUUAAGUGAAUUAAUGAAAGCGAUGAGAGGACCUGUGAUUGCUAAUGACAGCAAGGACACUCCAUACAAGUAUCCUUUAAGCACAAGGGAAUGCAUGAUUGGAGACUGUAGUUGCAGAUGUUCUUGCAAAGUUCUGUGGUUAUAAAGAAUUACAAGCCAGAAAAUUAUGACAAGGCUGCUCCUUGUAGCAUCUCCCCUAUCAGGAAUCAUGUGUUAUUGAAAGAACACUAAAGUCUCAGGAAUACAAAUGUGUAUUCUGGACAGUAGAGCUGUAAAAACCCUUUCCCCCUGUAAAAGGUAUAAAACUUGCCAUUUUUGUGGCUACCCCCCGCCCCUCCUUAGCUGAUAUCAUCAAAGUUGAUCUUCUCGGUCAAUCCAAUGCUUUCCCAUUGGGAGGCUAAUGCGCACGCAUAGCAAAACGCUGUGCUGUGCCAAUCCCCAUCUCCUCAUAGAUAUGCAUUGAAUCAAUGCAUUUCCAUGAGGAUCGUUCAGCGUCUCCAUGCAGAGUGUGGAGACACUGAAUUGUGCAUUACUGAUCCAGGAAGCACCUAUAGUAGUUAGAGUGACUUCCUAUAGAGGGUAAUAUUCUACAUUUAAAAAGUCAUCAACACUGUAUACGUUUUGUGCUAUAAAGUCCAACGGUGUUAAAAGGAGCAUGCUGACUAAAACAAUUUACAUCAGUAUUUCUUCCAUAAACUGAUAUGGAAACAAUUUGGUGUGAGUCUGUUCAGGGAGUCUUUACCUUAUUAAAAAGUGACAUUUUGCAUGGUUCAAGUGAUUGAAUUGCUAAUAAAGCACAAUUUUUCUCAAUCUCUGCUUACACUUGAGUGAAUAUCCUUUAUUUAUUUGAUACUGAUAACGAUGUUGCUGCUAUAUAAUUUCCACAUUAUUACACCGAUGUUAUUUAAUUAGAAAUCAUGUCAAUAGUAAAAACAGUUUGGGCCUAGCAUGUGCUGUCAGUUAUUGGUGGGAUUUUUUUUCCCCCACCUGUUUAGUUACAGUGAAAAUGUGCGGUGCUCUAAGAGCUUGUUUCCAUUUCCUAGACAUGCCUGCAGGGAAUAUCGCAUCCAUAAGGAGCUGGAUCACCCUAGAAUAGUCAAGCUUUACGACUAUUUCUCUCUUGACACAGAUUCGUAAGUAGCCAAGUUUUCUGUAUAAGUACCCUUGAAGGAGCGCCUUUUUAAUUUCUUCACCUGUUUUGCAAUCUGGGUCAUAAUCUCCAUUUUCAAUAUUUUAGUUUUCUCCAACUUUAAUAAAAAAAAAUUUAAAAAAAAAAAUUAACCACUAUACACAAGAGUUAUCGAACAUUAGCAUUAACCAGUUAAUAUACUUGUAGGUUUUGCACUGUGCUGGAGUACUGCGAGGGAAAUGAUCUUGACUUCUACUUAAAGCAGCACAAGUUGAUGUCUGAGAAGGAGGCUCGUUCUAUUAUCAUGCAAAUUGUGAAUGCUCUGAAAUACCUGAAUGAAAUAAAACCUCCUAUUAUACAUUAUGACCUAAAACCAGGUGAAUAUCGUAUAUUUCAGUUUUAACCUCUUACAAAAAAUGUAUUUUUAUGGAGGAUGUUCCCUAAACUUCUUUGUCUUGUAAAUACACGUAAUUUGUGUACAAGAAAUCUUGCCAUUUUAUCUAGACUUAAGGAAGGUGAAAUGUCUGCUCUUAGAUGUGAUUUUUAUGUAGGGAUAAGUGGUUUGUUUUUUGAUUUUUCGCUAUCCUGCUAUGUUUUCAAUCUGGUUUCUUAGUUCUAAAACAGUUAAUGGAAUAAUAGAGCUCAUGAUAAUUUUAAAUAACACUCACAAAGAAAACUUUAUCCGUUUCUCAAGACUUUCUCAAAGACAUUUUUUAAAAUGCUUGUUUUUUUUGUUUUGUUUUUAAAAUAUGUUGUGUAUUUUAUAUACAUAUCUCAUUGUCAUAGCUCUCUCCUGUUUUGAUAGUAAUAUUUUUGAUCUAUGUUUGUUUGUGUGCUUGAAUUCAGGUAAUAUUCUUUUGGUUAAUGGUACCGCUUGUGGGGAAAUAAAAAUCACAGAUUUUGGACUGUCCAAAAUAAUGGAUGAUGACAGCUACAAUUCAGUGGAUGGAAUGGAGCUCACAUCACAAGGAGCUGGUACCUACUGGUAAAUAUUGAACUCAUUUUGUUUGAGAGAGGUUUGACUGUUAACUGGGGUACUGUAACGUAGCUCCCUGUACCCCUGCUGGAUACCCCCACCGAAGGACCGCUUCCUAGCUGGAACAAGAUAUAGGGUACUAGCUUGGUGCUCUCCCAGGGACUGGAUGACACACAGUCCUGGGAGCCCUGAGUCCUUACAAGGACUUUACCUGCUGAAUCCUUCAAGAGCUGGAACAAGCUGCAACAGUGAUUAGCCCUUUCCCCUCUCAGUAACCAGACGAUCCAUAAUUCUCGGAGUACAAACUGGAAUGCCUUAAUCUGUCCGGAUGGCCUGCUUAUAUACAAAAUCGGAGUACAGUGAACACACCCAUAAUGACACCUACAAUAUGUCCAGAAAGUACAAUGUCACAGUGAACUCCCUCCCUCCUUCUCCCUCCUUCUCCCUCCUUCUCCCUCCCCCUCCCUCCCUCUCCUUCCUUCCUUCCCCCUCCCUCCCUCUCCCUCCCUCUCCCUCCCUCCCUCCCUCCUCCCCUCCCUCUCCCUCCCUCCCUCUCCCUCUCCCUCCCUCUCUCUCUCCCUCUCUCUCUCUCUCCUCCCUCUCCUCUCUCUCUCUCUCUCUCCCUCUCUCCCUCUCUCCCUCUCUCUCUCUCUCUCCCCUCUCUCUCCCUCUCUCCCUCUCCCUCUCUCCCUCUCUCCUCUCUCUCUCUCUCCCCUCUCCUCUCUCUCCUCCCUCUCUCUCCCUCCCUCUCUCUCCCUCCCUCUCUCUCCUCCCUCUCUCUCCUCCCUCUCUCUCUCUCCCCUCCCUCUCUCCUCCCUCCCUCUCUCCCUCCCUCUCUCUCCCUCCCUCUCCCUCCCUCCCUCUCUCCCUCCCUCUCUCUCUCUCCCUCCUCCUGGAUCUGAGCUCCCAAGUUCUCUAAAUAGUGCUCACAUCCCACAGACACAAUCGAAUCACCACAGCGGGCGUUCGUCAAAGUUCAGCGGUGCUUGGGAGUAACCGUAUCCGGUUUGAGUUUCAUGAACUCGACGACCAAACACUACUGCCUGCGUUCAUGCGAACAAGAUGGCUUCCAACUCGGUUCCCACAUGUUCGUGCAUACAAACAGCGGCCGCCCAGCCGCACAAUUAGAAUCCAUGAUGAUUGAAGUGUCAGGAGAGGUCACUAAAUGUUAACAAGCACAGAGGUGGUCUGUCGUUCGUGGGUUUGUUCGGUUACAGAACAAUACAGGGAAAUCCCACGAGCCAAGUCUUUCAACAGGUCUUUUACAUGGCCAAUAGUCUUGGGGCAGGAGGCUAGCCAGUAGGCUCCUCCAGAUAGUGCAAAAAGUGAUAAAGUGCUCUCUAUCCAAUAAAGCAGCUAUUCACCAACAAGGAGUUCCUUUUACCUUGUGAACAAUAAAACAAAACAAGCUAGUAAAUUAGGUGGGCAGCGCUAAGAAUUAUAAUAAUAAAAUCAUACAUACACAGGUAGCAGCAGAUUUUGCAAUUAUGUGUCUUACUCUUAAAAAAAAAAAAAAAAAAAAAAUACAAUGAUAGUGCACUAUGUUAUGAAUAAUAUGGUGAUAAAGAUAUAUUCCAAAGGGGCACUCAGUUUUUCAGAGCUUAAAAAGCUCUGUUUUAGGAGCCUGAACGGAACAAUUCCCGUCUAAGGGUUUCUUUUUGCUGGUAUCAGGUUCCCAAGGUAGUGCGGUUCAUCAAAUGAAAAAAGAAUGUAUACCAAUGGUACAGUACGUAUGUAAAAGUAGGAUAAGUAAAUAUUUGACCUACUUACAUUUGCUACAGCAAUGACUUGCUCUAGUGUCAUGAGCUUUAGGUGGAACAAUUCCCACCUAGGGAUAUAUGUAGAUCUAGAACAGCAGAGUGAUGGUGAGAGUAUAAGGAGCUCAAGAGUGACUGGGUAUUAAAACAGAAUCUUUAUUAAUAAACAGAAUAAAUAAAAAUAUUUACUAUAUAGUAAAAAUAACUAUAUAUAAAAUCAGUCCUUUCCCUGUGUCUCUCCCCUCUCCCCAUCUCUCUUACUCCCCCUUUUCCCUGUGUCUCUCUCCCUCCAACCCAUCUCUCCCCCCCUUUUCCUGUGUCUCUCCUCUCUCCCUCCAACCCAUCUCUCCCCCCCUUCUCUGUGUCUCUCCCCAUCUCUCUCCCUCCCCCUUUCCCUGUCUCUCCCCUCUCCCCAUCUCUCUCCCUCCCCCCUUUUCCUGUGUCUCUCCCUCCUCCUCAUCUCUCUCCCUUUCCCUGUGUCUCUCCCAUCUCCCUCCCUCCUUUCCCUGUCUCUCCCUCCCUACCCCCUUUCCCUGUGUCUCUCCCCUCUCCCUCCCUACCCCCUUUCCCUGUGUCUCUCCAUCCCCCCUUUCCCUGUGUCUCACUUCUCCCUCCCUACCCCCUUUCCUGUGUCUCUCCAUCCCUCCUUUCCUGUGUCUCUCACUUCUCCUCCCUCCCCCCUUUCCUUGUCUCUCCCCCCUCUCACUCCCUCCCCCCUUUCCCUGUGUCUCUCCCUCCCCCUUUCCCUGUGUCUCUCCCUCCCAGUCCUUUACUUAUCCUACUUUUACAUACGUACUGUACCAUUGAGUAAGACACAUCAUUGCGAAAUCUGCUACUACCUGUGUAUGUAUGAUUUUAUUAUAAGAAUUCCUAGCGCUGUCCACCUAAUUACUAGUAGGCUCCUCCAGGAGCUUGUGGCAAAUGUACUUGGAAAGGGGAGUUUGUCACAGAUACCUACUAGUUAUGCCCUAUUGUGCGUUUUAACUUUAAAUGGUUACUACACUGUUUAAGUGGUGUGGAGGACAAUUUCCUGUGUAAUGUGCCCUAUUGGGCACUAUAGAUAAGGUCCUCUCCCCCUUGAUUUGCAGUAAAAGCUGCAAAAUAAGCAAUUUACUCACCUUGAAUCCAGCACCGGGCGACACUUCCGCCACCAAUCUUCCACGCCCCCUCCAACAUCAUAGGAACCUCGCGUGGUCCAAUCAUAGAAGAAGCUUGUGAGUGAAGCGGUUUUGCCUGCUCAGUGCAUGCGCACAUUCUGGGCUCCCUGCAAGGGAGAAGAGGAUCAUGUCUGACAUCAGUGCGGGCUGCCAAUGUCACGUUCUGGGAGUGAACUAGCCCCUAGCACACCAUUAAAAAAAAUCUCAGUAUAUUUAGUAUUUCAAUCUGAAAUAGUGAAAAUAAAUAUACUCAACCAUUUAAAAUUAAAAAAAAUAAUUAUUUAAAAAUUAAGAAUGGUUACUAAAACACUUUAACCUUCAUUACAAAUCAGAUUAGAAUAAUCAUUUUACACUGCACAAAAUUGUCAGCAACAAAUGUAGGAACAAAUUGUCAGCAUAACUACAAAAGGUGAAAUGCUCCAUGUUGCACUAAGCUCAUGUGUCUAUUUAUUGCAGGGGUUUUUUUUGUUGAUGCUACAUUUAGAUUCUAAUUCGAACAACUUUGUUACUGGUUAUUAGCCCCAUGGAGACCAUAAUAUACAUGUCUUAUUCGGGAUGGUAAAAAGUGAGACACUUGUCCUAUCCGUGGGAUAAAUUGUUGUAGAAAUUAGAAUCAAAUUGAGGAAAAUAAUACAUUCUGACAAAGUAUGAUUUUUAUAAUGACCAUUUAAAGUUGGCUGCUAUAUUCCAAACUUGGAAAAGUUUUUUCAUUUUACAACUUUGCAAAAGCUAUCAAACAUAUUCGUUGGUGCAUUGCUGUAUUUAUCUUGAAGUCCAUGCCAUUCACCUAUUUAAACCAAUCUUUUUGUGCCAUCUCCUCCCUGGUAGCCCAACUUUUUUUUGCAAUCACUUUCUCACUUCCUUUCCUCUAGUACCCCCCUCCCUUGUUCUUGGCAACUUCAACAGUUCCAUCAUUACCCAUUGCCUCUCUUGUGCCUCCAGAUUUCUUUCCAUUUCCUUUGCCUUAAUGUAAUUGACAAUCUUCUCUUUGACAUGGCAUUGUUUGUAACACUCUAAAUCUCAUUUUCUCCAGUGCCCAGCUUCUAUCUCUGCAAUCUCCCUGUUCUCCUUAGACAAUGGAGCACCAGAACUCCAGCCACAAGCACACAAAGUUAACCAGUUCUUCCAAAGGUGCAAUGUUAUAAGAUUUGUGCUGUUCUCUUAAAGCUCAGUACUCUUGCACCAAAAGGGAAAAAAAGGCAAUUCCCUAAUAACCAUCACUUUUCAUGAUCCCAUGCAUGUCUCCCACUCUAACGCAUUAUUCAUCCCUUUGCUCUUUCACCUCAACAAUUUUACAGCUUUUGUAUCAUAUUGAAAGGUUUCUUAAAAAGAAAAGAAGUCUCUGCAGCAUGCCCUCUCCAUGUUCAAUUUCUACUGGGAAGAUGUUUUCUAAGCUUUUUCUGUUCUGUAACCCUACCUCAUGUUCCUUGAUCUUAUCCCAUAGCCCCUUAUGCUGGUUUGCAAAGUGCUCUUUUACAUGUUCUCAACAAAAUUCAAUCAUUGGCUCUCUUCUUCUAGCUUUCCCACCAAACACUCCCAUGUUAAAGCAUACAUUUGAUGCAGAUUUUUCAUCAAACUCCUGAACCAUUUCUGACAUACCAACUUUACCAAUUUCCUUGACUCCAGCUAUCUACUUAACUUUCUCCUAUCUGGUUUUUGGUCUCCACACUCCACUGAAACCAAUGAUUUUAUGUCAGCAAAUUCGAACAGUCACUGCUGUCUGCUACUAUUACUUUGUGUUCUCUCUGAUGCUUUUGGCAACAAGCUUGCUGGUACAGUUUGUAACACUGGUCUGUGCGAACCUGCUCUUUCGAGUUUCUCUUCUUACUUUUGAGUGGUUUGGUUUCCAGCACAUCCUUUUUGCAUACCUCUUUAGCACAUACCAUUUCCCUCUGCCUUAUUCCAUUAGAAUUCUUCAAGGUUGUGUUCUGCUCUCCUUGUGUUCUAUAGUCACACUAUACUGCCUCCCUGGGAGAUCCAAUCAGUUCUUUUGAUAUGCUGAUGCCACUCAGAUCUGUAUCUCUUCCCUAACUUCUAUCCUUCCCUCGUAAAAAGUGUCUCCUACAUUUCUUGUGGCUUGAGAAAGACAGCUGUUUAGGUUGAAAUGUUGCCACUUUGUGUUCCUGACCCUAUAGUGAUCCUUUAACACAAACAUGUAUUCCUGACCCUAUAGUGUUAAAACCACCAUCUAGCCCCCCUGGACUCCUCAUGCCUCCAUAAAUAUAGCAAAAUCGUACUAUAUUCAAGCCUGAAGCUGUAGACCUGCAUGCUGUUUGCUUAAAACAAAACAAGUAGUCUGCUGACAUCAGAAGUGGUGGCCUGAUCCAAUCACAAUGCUUCCCCAUAGGAUUUGCUGAGACUAACAAGGAAGAUGAUCAGGGGCAGAGCCAGCAUGAUUCAAACACAGUCCUGGCCAAUGAGCAUCUCCUCAUAGCGAUGAAUUGAAUCAAUGCAUCUCUAUGAGGAAAGUUCAGUGUCUGCAUGCUGAGGGAGGAGACACUGAAUGUUUGGAUGCAUUUUAGGCAGCCAUGACCCAGGAAGGAUCUGUAACGGCUAUCUGAGGAGUGGUCAGUGAAGUUAUCACUAGGCUGUAAUGUAAACACUGUAUUUUAUCUAAAAAAAGAGUGUUUACAGCAAAAAGCCUGAAGGUAAUGAUUCUGCUCACCAGAACAAAUUCAAUAAGCUGUAGUUGUUCUGGUGACUAUAGUGUCCCUUUAAGGCACAACUACAGUUGGAGUUACUUUUCCUAGGCUCCUUAAUCUCUGACUGGAUGGCUCCAUCCCAAGUGAAAUGUAAAGGAACACAAACUUGUAUUCCUGACCCUAUAGCGUUAAAACCACUAUUCCGCCCACCCCUCUUAGCCACUCUAAAUAUAGUUAAAUCUUACAUUUUAUUCCAAUCUUCUGCUGGCUCUGCCCCGGAUCUGCCAUCUUGGCUGACGUUAUAAGAAGUUAUGAUCUGAGCCACUCUUAAUGCCUUCUCAUUGGAAAGCAUUGGAUUGGCUAAGACUGUCAAGGAGGCAGAUCAGGGGCAGAGCCAGCGCAAGCCAAACACAGCCCUGGCCAAUCAGCAUCUCCUCAUAGAUUCUUUGAAUCAAUGCCUCUAUGAGGAAAGUUCAGUAUCUCCAUGCACAGGGUGGAGACACUGAGUGGCCGUGCUGCACAGCAUGCAGCACUGCCCCAGGAAGCAUAUCUACUAGCAAUGUGAGGAGUUGUCAGUGGAGGUAUUGCUAGGCUGUAAUGUAAACCCUGCAUUUUCUCUGAAAAGACAGUGUUUACUGCAAAAGGCUUGCAGGAACUGAUUAUACAAAUGAGAAUAAAUAUGAUAAGAUGUGAUUGUUCUGGUGACUAUAGUGUCCCUUUUUAAUCUCUCUGUAUCCUAACUCCCCCUCUAAUUGCUAAUCCUCUUUUGUUGGUAUCCCUACAUAUAAUUGUUGCUACCAUCAAGUCAAUCUUGCAGGGUCUUUGCUUAAGCAUCCUCUUUGGAUAUAGAUGAGAAUAAGAGGAGUCAGAGCCAGACAACUGCUGAAUCCCACUCGCUGCUUUUAACUUAAAACCAAAGCAUGAAUAUUCUAUUUCUUAAUAUCCAAUGCAGCACUCCACAUUCUUAUCUCCCUCAUGAAGAACUACAGUAUGCUCAUCUGUACUGUAUAUCUUGGCUAAUGAAAUGAUGGUCCUCCAUAGACUAACCACUCUGUUAAUGUGUUUGCAGCAAAAUUUAGUAGUAUACAGGUAUGUAGUUUUUUUUUUUUUUUUUUUCUUCUAUUAUAGGUAUCUGCCUCCUGAGUGUUUUGUUGUUGGUAAAGAACCCCCAAAAAUCUCAAACAAGGUGGAUGUAUGGUCUGUUGGAGUCAUAUUCUAUCAAUGUCUGUAUGGACGAAAGGUAAACUAGUUUGGUCUCCACUGUUUUAAGUGGUUUCCCCAUCCAAAAUUUCCUUCUCUAGGAAUUGAAAUAGUUUGAUCAAUUUCAUAUUUAUUUAUUCUUUUUAAAUUGUACUUUUUUUACUCUCUCUGUAGCCUUUUGGACACAACCAGUCUCAGCAGGACAUCUUGCAGGAAAAUACCAUUCUUAAAGCAACAGAGGUUCAGUUUCCUCCCAAACCUGUAGUGACGCCUGAAGCCAAGGUAAUGCUUGUCAUUUUUGGGUGUUUUUGCCAAAAAAGCUCUGCCUCUUAUCAGCUUUUGUCAACCUUAGGCCUACACAUAAGAUAGGGGCAGGGCUUUGUAGAGUAAUUUUGUCUGGGUCAAUGCCACAUGGACCAGAGGAGGCGUCCAGCGACUCACCAGGCCCCACAGUUACUCCAGAGGAAUCUGAGGGCAGAUACUGUUAGGCACCGAUCCAGAACACCGUGUCCAGUGUUUCAGUGACAAAGGGGAGUGCGAAGAGUUGAGGAAUUUGUCAAAUGUGAACUACAGGUUAGGAGCUCUAUCAAGCUGCGUCCUGUCGCCAUAAGUCUUAGGCCCACCCUAAAACACCAUAUGUUUAUCUUCAGUGUAAUGAAUCAUUUGAUAAAUAUGAAUUAAAAUUCUUAUAAAAAGUAAUUUAAUUGCAGGUCAAACACACUUCCAAGUUUCCAGUAACUCUAAGUUCAGAAUGUCACUCAUUUGUGGUGUUAUAAAUAGUUUACUGUGUUUUAUUUUCUCUAACUUCUACAGGCUUUCAUCCGCCGUUGCCUCGCCUAUAGGAAAGAGGAUCGGAUAGAUGUCCACCAGUUGGCUUCUGACCCUUAUUUACUGCCACACAUCCGCAAGUCAGUCUCUACUAGUAGCCCAGCCAACGCGGCAAUAGCAUCAACGUCUGCUUCAUCCAACAACAGUUUGUCAAACUGA